CGGUUAUCGUACGUUAGCGUUCUCCGUGUCGCGCCCGCGCGCGAGACCGACCGAAUCGUUUACAAUUGAUAACGACACACAUACACACACACACACACACACACACACACACGCACGCACGCAUACGACACAUAGCAUACACACGCACACGCGUAAAUAUCGCGCAACGCACACCGGUUAUAAAUCGCGUAUUUUCGUCCGGUCGCGAGUGCGACUCGCAGAACAAAAAAACAAACACACCGUCCGUCGUCGUCUCGUCACGGCGGCGUCCACGACGAGACGCGCCGUCGUCACACACGCGCAUCGCACGCAGCAGCCCCCGGUCGCAGUCAUGGAAAACAAAAAACCGAAAGAGAAAAGAAGGUAAAAGUUCUGAUAAUAAUGUUGUUGUUAUUAUUUUGCCACGAUAAUGGUACGUUUGUACCGGCGUUCAGGCGGGCGCGCGAUCCGACGGGAACAUAAUGAGGUCACCGUCGAAUCGGCCGCGUUCGAUUGUCAAACCGUAUUAUCGCCGUUAUUAUUAUCAAUAUUAUAUUGUCGUCGUCGUCGUCGACAGCCCGCGUUUGGACGCAGUGUAAUCGUCGUCCCGCGUCCGCGGAUAUUAAAACGUUAUUGCGUACCCACGUUAUUGUAUUAUCGUCACAUAUGAUAUUAUUGUUAGUGUUGUUAAAUAUCACAUCGCGGGGCCACGUCGUGGCAGGCCUUUUCGGGCCGUCAACCCGCCGGCGCGCCGGCCGUGGACCGGCGUUACGCGAACGGCCACCCCCCGCCCACCCUCCCUCCCCGCAAACCUUCGGCCGGCCGAAGUUUUCGACGCAAUUAUCACAUUAAUUAUUUAUUAUUUAUUUAUUAUCAUCAUUUGGUGUUUAAACAUAAAUUAACGCCGCGGAACCGCAAACGCGGCGCGCCGUCGGCCGUUCGCGGAGCAUUUACCCGAACGUUAAAACCGUUUUUGUCGGCGCGUUUAUUCCAGAGUUUUAUUCGCGACCACACUCGUGUGGUUACCGCGUCGGCUCCCGGGAGGAUACGUUUUGUUUUCGUUCGUGUGUCGCACCCACCGUCUUUGACGUACUGUGAUAGUAUCGCCGGGACGGCCGCCGAGGCGCGUACGAACGUAGGUGUACACGUGAAAUAAUAAUUAUUACGCGCGGUUGGGUAGAAAGUAGUCAGUUUCAUAAAACUUCCGUGAUACUCGCGCCUGCCUACGUAUUUUUCGGUAUCGGUCGUCUCGCGGGCAAAUCGCGGUGUUCACCGUAAAUACGUCUUGCGAGUCGCAUGUAAUUACAAUGUCGUUCGUAUCGUCGGUGCCUACUCCAAUGCUAUUGCCGACAAAACAGUUAUUACGAAACUAUUAAGAGACGACUGUAAGAAUACGCGUUUGUUUCCGAGCGUACUAUUAGAAGCCCGUAUACACCUCUAAAUAUCAUAUUAUUUUCCGUCGGUGUAGUAUUGUUGAUAACGCGUAGACGUCAUAUUAUUCCGACCGUCGUAAUCAUUAUCAGCGUAUUUUGAAUGUUCAAACGAAUUGACCGGAGGUUUUCGCCCGGAGCUACGUUGGCAUGUUUAUAACAGCGAAAAAACGAUUUGGGUAAAUCGGUAUUUAUACCUAUCGUGGUGAUCAACAAAAUAAUUAGACUAAUAUAAUAGCACCUCGGGUAACACCUAUACUAAUGUGCUUUGACAAUCGGUAUCGUCGGUUCAUCGGUUGUGAAUAUUUUUGAAUUUCAAUAAUAAAAUUUGGAUUUUAGAUAAAAUCUCAAGUAGAUACCGAGUAUAUUACCUGUACUUUAUCUACUUGGGCAGAUAUUUGUAUCCCGAAUCGCAAAAUAAUUGUUUGAGAUUUAUAAAACAUCAGCAGGUUAACUGUUUUAACAUUAGCUCAUUUAUUAACAAUAUGUUAUUAAAUCAUUUUUUUUUUAAACAAUAUUUUAAUAGUAUGAGUACAUAUCAUACGUAUUCUUGGCUAUAUAAAACGGUCAUGUAUAGAUUUUUUUGACUCUUUUGCUUAGAAAAUUCUUUACUUUUCUUUAGUGUGUUCGAACCUUGGAUAUUGUCUACCAAUUUAUAUAUAUUAAAUAUAAUAAAUAAUACAACUAAACAAAAUUAAAUUAUUGAAUCUGUACAGAACAACUUUUUACGUUUAAGUCUUUUAAAUGUAAAAUAAACAAGUCAGUGCAUGGUUCAUAUGAUAAUCCAAAUUUUUCCAUAAAUUAAUUUCUGACUUUAUAGAUUGUCCAGAACUACCUUGUUUAAGCAAUUUUAAAAUUAAUUCCUCUAAUACUAGAAAUCUUGAGCUUUUUAUUCUAAUAAAAAAUAUAUGUUAAAUUGUUCUGCUAAUCUAUUAAUGAUUGCAGAUAAUAGUUAUACCUAUGAUUUUAACUAGUUAAUGUUUUAGUUAAGUUAAGUCAAUAUUAUGUACCACGCUUAUUAUUACCAAUUGUAAUAUUUUACUGCUGUAUAUUAAUCGUUUUGUAAAAGGACACCGUCCAUUUAAAAUUAUAAAUAAAUAAAUCAGUUCAUGUAAGUACAUCAUUUUUGCAAGAGGUGCAAAUACCCAUAUAUAAAUACCCAUCAAUAAAACCCAGUAACAAUUCUUUGAAAUCUUAAAAAAAGAACCAGUUGCUUUAAAAUAAUUAAAUUGUGCUGUAUAUUUUAUAAUUCCAAACAGUCUAAAGAUCGUUUAAUGUUAGGUUUUAAUUUAAUAAUUCUUUAAAUUCUUCAAUUACACACUUCAUCAUAGUUAUUUUUAGCAGCGAUAUGUUCUACAAAAUAAAUACCAUGCGAAUUGAAUUUACUCGUUUUUGUACCAUACCUACUCCUUAAUUUUGUUUUUACAAUAGUUAAUCUACAAAUUUGAACAGAAGCAACUUGUGUCUUCUAUGGGCACGACAGUUUAAGGCACUUUAAAUAUAUUUGGGAAAUUAUCAUAUUAUGGUAAUUUUUGUAGCCAGCUAUGCACUGUUUUUGCUGUGGAUAUGUAAUAUUAUUACACAUUAUUAUAUGAAAUGAACCAAUUAAUAAUUUUACUAAACGUAUUUCAGCAUUUAAUUCAUCUUAAUUUGAUAACAAUAAGUGAUUCCCAGGGCUUGGGACUUUUAUUACUUAAAAUCCCUGAUAAAAAAAGCCCUGAUAAAAGCACUCAAAAAGUAUUUAAAAAAGCAAAAAUGUGUGAGGGGUUUAAAAAUUUCCUUCUAACAGGUCUAACUCUCAGUCUAGUUUAUAAAAUAAUAUUUGUUAAUACUACAAAUAUGAUUUUGUUUUUAAAACACUUAUAAUUUUAAUCAAAAGCAACUACUUUGGUUUAAUCAUUUUUUUAGUAUUAGAAAUUUGUAUCUAAUAAGUUAGAACCAUUAAAGGGAGAGGACUUUUAAACUUCUCUAUGAUUUUUGUACUUUUAAUUAUUUUUAAGUGCUAAAAAAGCACUAGUGAUAACACAUGUAAUAUCGCACAUAUAGAACAAAAUUAUUAUUAAACUUUUUUAGUUUUUGCUAUUAAUAUAAUUAACUAUAACACGAUUCGCAUCUGCAAACUCUGCAUAUCUGCAUGCUUAUACCCCUGCCUAUACCUGCCUAUAUCUGUUUUAUUUAUUACGUUAAGAAUUCAAUGAAAAUAUAACCUAGGAUACCGUAAGUAGGUUGAAAUCCUUUUAUAUUAUAGACAGUUAUUUUUUUAUAAUCUCUACCUCGGAAUCAAUUUACUUAUCUUUCUCUAAACACUAUGUCUUGUCACUGGUGUUGAUGUCAAAUGUACCAAUCCUGUAAUGUCUAUGGUUCCUGUAGUGUCUUGUAAAUUGUAAUUUGUAUACAAAGUAUGACAUAAUGCUUUGGAGGAUAUAGAUGUCUUAGACCUUCUUAUAGUUCUCUUGCCUAAAAAUUUUCUUCCUUUCAUUCUAUGAUGAUUGGUGGCAUUUAUAAAUUCGUUAUGUCGUAUCAGGUGUUCAAAUAAUUUUGUUUUUCUAGAAUUUAUUUUUGUUGUUUGUAUGAUCUCUCUAUUUUUAUUUACUGCAUCUAGUAUUUGUUAAUUCGUCUUUCAGGCCGUAUAAUUUAUUUUUGUAAUUCUCCUAAAAAAACCAUAUUUUUGAUGCAAUUAGUCUGUUACUCUUUUGCUUACUUAGGGUGCACGCUUUACACCUUUAAAUCAAGAUGCGCCAUACGAAUGUCUUUGAAAACCACGCUAAGAACCUUUUCAUCGUAGUUAUUGAUAGGUUUUGAUUUACAAGUAGAUUCCGUUUUUUUAGAAAGACUAGUUUAACAAGCGCUAUUAUUUUCUUUACGUCUUCGACAUUUUUUGGUAUUUAUAAUUUGACUACCCAAAUAGUAGCAUUUUUGAGUUUAAAGCUCUAUUAAAAGGUUGUUUAUUGUUUCUGUGUCGUUCUUAUCUACAAUCAUCGAUUUAGUCUUGCUUAGGGCUUAGCUGAUGUUUUAUGACUUAAGCAUUUGAUUCAUAUAUUUUUUAAAUUUUUUUUUAGUUCUCUAACAUUAACAAUGCUGUUUACGAAAUGAUUUUAAUAGAUACCUAUAUUGACUAUUUACUAUUACUUCUUUACUGUUGAUUUUCGUCCGUUUUGUAGCUUCUUCUAUGAAUAGCCUAUUUAAUCAGAUCUUUAACAUCUAAAAGGUUAUAGGUAUUAAAUAUGUCAAAGUAUUUUUUCAGCUUACAUUAUAUUUUAAUAAUGUUCUCAAUAUUUGAAAAAAAUACGGCUAAUUUUGGGUUCAUUUUAGCACCGUGGAAUAGUUUUAUAAUGCAUGUAUAAAUAAUAUUUGUUUUUGUUUUUUAAGUUCGAGCAGAAUGACAGAGUGUAGUAUAGGUGUAUCAGUAAUACUUUUAAACGUUAAUUUGUUCUGUUAACUUCGAUAAUUCUUGCACGCGUACACGUUUAAAUGAAUUAAAGAUUGCCUGGUGUUGUUUAAAAGUUAAAAGAUAAGUAUGUUACAUUUAAAUUGAUACAUUAGUUUUAUAUCUCACACGUCGUCGUUUAGGUACUACUUUAUAUAAUCACAUUUUGAAAAAGCUCGAGAAUUAUUUAUUGUAUACUAUUGUACAUAAUAGUAGAUAUUAGGUAUCUAUAACAAUUAUUCAUUUAUAAAUAACAAUUUAAAUUAUGGCUUAGGUACUUAUUAUUAUAUACCUACCUAAUAUACUUAGUUUAUUUUAGUACCUAUCAUUAAGUUACUCGGGUAUAAUAAAUAAAUAUGAGACUUGGUUUUAACAUUUCGUUUUGUUAAAUACGAAUUAUUAGACUAUACGUACAUAUAUUAUCAUAUGUGAACUAUCCAUGGAUCCACGGAGAUUAAAUUUAUCGUGACGUUUUAAUCUCUAAUAUUAAUUAGAUGUCUCGAUUAAAACCGUGGACGUGAAAUGGGUUACACUAGUGUUAACCUAACGUUAGGACCUAACCAAUGCGAAUGAUUCAAUUUGCAGGUUAUCAAAAUUUCGAUUUUGGGCCAAAACCAGACAAAGCAGUUUCAUAUCAUGCUUAUUCUAUGCUUUGGUACCUAGCAUCAAAUUACGAGCAUCUAGUAUUAAAGGAAUGUAACAACCAAAAAUUAUAUUUUGAUUAUUAACUUAUAAUAUUCAACUUUUAAAGUAGUUUUUAGUAAUAGAACGACAUAUUUCCAGUGAUACUGUGAUACUGAAUAGAUAUAAUUUAUUACAUUAAACGUAUCAACAACAAUAAAAAAUUAUUAAUAUUAAACAAGCGUGUUAUAUCUCUUGACUAAUAUUAAUAUACCUGUCUACUAAUGUUGUGCUCCUAGUAAUUUGAGUACCUACCUAUAUAGACAGAUUUAUGGACUUACUUUUUACAAACAUCCGAUUGAUAAUCUCAAUAGUUAUAAAAUAUGGGAACAAUGGUUUUAUUAAUUCUCGGUCGAAUCUGGUUAAUAAAACGUGACAUAAGAAAAUAUAUCUAAGGAAUAAAAACGGUUUUAUUUGAAAAUUAUUGUUUGAUAAACAUAAAAAAAAAAUUAUUACCAGAGCUUCGUCACUAAGAAUCGAAUUUUCUUCCGCCUAUUUUCUAUAAUAGAUGUAUGUAUUACCUAUAUAAUAAUGUACCUAUUCUUUGCGAAACAAUAAUACAGCAAGUAAUGUAUACUUUAAUAAUUAUAAAAAAAAAAAAAUAAAAAUGGUAAAAUUUUAUCAAAAAAGUGGGGUUUGAACGAGAGUUAAAAGUUAAAACCUCCAAAAGCCAAUAUUAUUAAACGUCACCCUAAACUUCAAAUAGCUCUUAUUCGGUAAAUUUUGGAUUUAGAAUACGAGAUGAUAGGUUAAGUGGCUUAAAAAAAAAUUCUAUAAAUUCGAAUAUGGUUUAAAUGUAGGGGUUCUCAUAAAAAAAAAAAAAAAUUAUCGCCUAUAUGGUAGCGCCAAAUAGUCCUACAUCCUAGUAUUAGAUAUCGUAUCCUCAAGAAUUUCGAUUUUUAUUAGGCAUAUUACAUGUAUUACAUGAUGUUAAUUUAAAACUACUAAUUUGCAAUCAUUACCAGUCUAUAUAUAAUAUUAUACUUACCGCAUUAAAUUAAGUUCUAAGAUAAUGCACCUAACAUAAAUUUAAACGUAUGAGUGUUUACUGUUUACCGAGAUCUUCACAAAGAACGACUAUUUAAAAAACAAAAAAAGACUUUGCUGUUUACCUAUAUAUUAUAAAUAAGAAAAAAGAAAGAAAAAAAAUUUAACUAGGUAUAAGUGUGUGUAUUAUGUAUCAUAUAUUUUUUAUCGUAAUAGGCACCCUGCGCUUAUAGAAAAUCGUUCCUACACUUAAAAUUUUAUGACCUCUAUAGGUACCUAUUUACUAAAAUCCAAAUAAGCGUGUAGUACAUUUUUAUUUAUGGAAAUCGACAGUUUUUACUAAUAAAAUUAUAACAAUACGAUAAACUGUAUUAUUAUUAUUUCUUGCUCUUGUAAAUAUAAAAAUGAAACAAAUUAUUAAGUUUUUAUUAUACAAAGAAUUUUAUCGAACAUACGGUAGCGUAUCUUAUUGAUAUAAAUUUAUUUGAUAUAAUUUCCGUUUUUAAAGAUAAAUUCAGAUAAAUAUACUUAAUAUUAUGUAAAAGUGAAAUGAAAGUUGGGCACUUAUUAAAAAUAAAAAUUAAUACAUUAAAUUACCGAACAUAUGAAAUUUUGUAAUUUUAUCACUAAACUAUAAUUGCAACAACUGGAUAAUACAGGUAUCGAAGUAUAACAAUGGCUAUAUUUUAUGAAAUAUAAUUAUUAUUGUAGCCUGUUCGAUAUUAGAUAAAUUUAAAAUUUGUAAAACUAAAUUAAAUUAUUAAAAAAAGCAGUGUUUUUUUUUUUUCUAAUUUCAAGAAAUUAAAUGAUUUCAAACUAUAAAUAUAAUUUUUCUCAGUAUUUUCUGAUUAUUCCUAGAUACAAACUUUAUUACUCAUCUUUUCUAUAUAUAGCACUGUUAAAUUAAAAUAGACAGAAUUAGUCGCCUUUUGUCAAUUAUAUACCGGCAUUCUAAUCCAAAUGUGUUUUUUAAAAAUUAUUUAUGAUUAUAUUUCAUUAAUAUACAAAUGUUUGAUGCAAUUACUUUAUGUUUUCCGAGCAAUUUUUUUACUAGUUAUUUAUUUUUUUCACCCUUCAAAAUUUUAUUUAAUAAUAACUAAUAGAUAUUUACCUACCUAAUAUUAUAUUAAUAGUUGUUUAUACAAUUUAUUUAAAGAAAUCCCACAUAUAUUUUUUUGCAUAUUAUAGUAUGCACAUUACACAUGUUCUUGAGUUUAUUCCGUCAACAAAAAUAUAGGUAGGUUUUUUUUUCUAAGUAGCUAGGUAUAAUCAUGACAUUAUGCAGAAUCUUUAAAUUGUGUUUAUUGUAAAAUGUCACAAAGAAAAUUAACUAUCAAGUUUAAGUAUACAAUACGAAUAUAAUAAUAUAUUAUUGUAUUCGAUAAAAUUAAAAGUCAUAAUUAUUAUUAUAGUAGAUCUUUUAACAAUAAAACAAUUUUAGCAAAAUAUCAACAGCGCAUCGUCGGUUUACUAGCAAAAUGUUAUAAAGUAAAAAUUCUGACUUUUUUUUUUAAAAUAUUUUGUAAAUAAAUGUGACGUCAGCUACAGUUUUUGAUUUUCCUGUCAUAUAGCUUUGUUAUGCUGGCCCGCUGAUUUAUUGAUUUUCUGUAGAAUUGUAACUGUUGCAAGAUGCGUUCGAAUUGCCCGUGAUAUUCUAAUAAACUGACAUAAUAUUUUAAGCUUCAUAUAUUUUUGGAUAUUUUUAUUUCACCGAUUAAAUUAUUUAUGCUUUACGUUUUAAUCUACUGCUUUCGUUUUUUUUAGCUGUGUGGCGAAAUAUGUAUGUUUAAUUUUUAAAAUCAACGAAUCACAAUAAAAAAGCUAUUUUUAUUUGUCAUCACUUAUUUGAAUUAAAAAAAUCCCUCAUAUUUUAUGAAAUAUUGAUAAAAAUAAAUUCUUAUGACUAAAUGUUUGACAAAUUAACUAAUGUGAUGUGGAAGGACUAAAAUUUUAAGUGGCUUAUCUUCAAAUCCCCUUUAAUAUCCGUCUAUGAUAAGUAUUUAAACUGAUUUUUCAGUUUAGAUUUUUUUUUGUCGUAACGAUUUUGUGUCUAUUUAAUAAUAUUUUUGAAACAUUAUUACAUUAAUUAAGUUAAUAAUAUCAAAAUUGUUUUUUCUAAAACUCUAUUAUUAUUAUUAUUCAUCAUUACUAUUGAAUGUAUAAUAAUACAACACGUAGUUGUAUCGCGCGAUGCCAGUGAGACGAACUAAAUAAUAUCCAAGAGAUUACUCCCAGACGUCUGUCUCUUUACCCUUUUCGUUUUGUUGUUAACAUAUUAUUAAUAUUGUACCUACCCGUAGUAAUUCAUAUGGUCCAUUCGAAAUAAUAAUACUAGCAAGUUACCACGAACGUAUAUCCACUGUAGAUCUUUCUUCGUGGACGACAAUUAAUGGUAUUAAUGAAUAUCUCGUCAUCUCCCACACUUCCUUUAGCUAUCGGCACAAUUAAAAUUGGAUAUUAUUAUGCAAACCGAAAAACGUGUUAUUUAUAGAACUCCUGUAAAUUUGUAUUAUUAUUAUUUUUAUUAUUAAUUUAUGAAGUUUAGUGAUUGAACCUUAUCAUUGUAUAACGGCAUUAACAAAACAUUAUGUUUUGCCGGUAUCUAUAAUAAUUAGGAAUAGGCCUCUAUCACUUUUUACCGAUACCACCGAUACCAAGUAUCGGUUUUUGUAUCGACUCACCCUUAAUAAUAAUAUUAUAUCGACGCUUGGCAAACAUAAUAAUUAUAUGCUUUUAACGGUUUUAGUUUAUACAGGUAAUAAUGCAAUAUGCAUUAUUUAUCGAUCACAUCUAACCGCACUAAAAGUAUUGUUAUUAAAUCGUAUCGUGUGAUUUUCGAUAAAGUUUGAUAGUGUAGUAACCGCUAUGGUUUAAACCGCGGUACCUUGCCAGAUUGCAUAUAAGUAUUCCAUACAUGAGCUUGGCACCUGUAUUAAAAUUUAAAAUCAAGCUCUACAAUUGGUUUAUUUGAAUAUACCACCAAAUAUUCUGUAUAGGUAAUCAAUAAUAUUGUUAUCACAUGAAUAUACCGCCAAAUAUUUUAUAUAAUACAUAUAGUACAUAUUAGAAUUAUUUGAAUGAAAUGUAUAUAGCUUAAAAAUAAUCCUCGAUUUAUUCUGCAAAACCAUGUCGGGUCAGUAAUAGGGAAAAGUGAAAAACCAUUUUGGGUCUUAUUAACUGAAAAGUUUAACUUUAAAAAUAUUUUUGGGGCACCUUGCAAAUUUUUUCAACGUUCAAUUUGACACCUUAUAUUUAAGAGACCAGGAAAAAAAAAAUUAAAAUCAAUAUUUAUUAAGUUUGAAAUGUUGCUACCAGCUGAUAGAAAUAGUUUCACCUGUGGUAAUAUAUCUAGUAUAUUAUUAUAGUAUUAAUGUUAGUGUUAGAAGAAGUUUUCGGUUAAUGACUAUAUUAAUGAGAAAACAUAUCCACUUUAAAUAGUUUUUACUUUAUGAAAUGCACAAUUUCAUCAAGCAGAUGCGACAUUUUAUUUAUUUCAGUCGAGUUACAAGGAAAAACUUUAUUUAUUAAUUUAAAAUUAGCUUUUGGAUCCGAUUUUUAAAUUUCCAUUGUCGAAUUGGAUAAUGAAGAAUAUUAUACGAUUUAUUAAUGAUUAUUAUUAUUAUUCACUACAUCCCCUCCCAUUCCUGGGAACGUCACUGUGUAUGAUAGUAUAGAAGCACCAAGCACAAGUAUGUUUUGAAUGUAAUAUGAAUGUUAUACAGUAGUGUAUUAUUAUAUACGACACAAUAAUAAUCUAAUAUAUUACCACUGAUAAGUUAUAAUUAUUGAAACCCGGAAAUGUAUGCCAUUGCGUCUUAAAUAAAAUAAAUUGCUGCUGGAUCGUUUACAAACCAGUUUUAAUAAAUUCAAUAUUUUACAGUGUUACUAUAUCUAUAUUAAGUGUUGCAUAUUUCAUUCAUAUUUGCAUGCAAAUUGUAACACAAAAGUGCUUCAACUUAUAAACUAAACUUUUACUACAUUGGUUCAAAUUUAUAUUGUGCACGAAUCUUUGAAUCUUAGUGUACCUACCUAUAUUUAAAUAAUUGGCUUUUAAAACAUUUCGGUUUGUCAGUAAUAUACUGAUAUUAAGUAUACGUUUUAUUUUUGGUAUUUAUAAAUUUUUAUACCAUGUAAUAAUAAUGCAACUUAUUUUUUUUUAUCAGCUAUUGUUGGUGAAAAUAGUAAUCGCACAAACGGUAGGUAUAUUAUAUUUUGUAAGCAUUGCAUAUUUGCAUGGAUUAUUAUUAUAUUGCAUGAUGAUUAUUUAAAAAAAAAAAAAAAAAGGUGAAGAAGUGUAAAUAAUAAUAACAACUGAUAGUUUAUUUUGAAGAAUUAAAAACAGUAAAAAUGACAUUUGUUUUUAUACAAAGUUUUAUGAAAAUAAAAGAAUAACUGUAAGAGUUUAUUCAAACGUUGUAGAUGAGACAUUUUUUUUUAAAAAAGUCUCGGUGAAUUAACACAUUUUGUAUCUAUUGUUGUCGACUAACUAGUUUAAUACAUAUUUCAUCUGUAUUUAUAGUGCGUUAGACAAAUAUUAAAUUAAUACAAUAAUUAUUAUUCUUCAUGUUUACUUAUGCAUUAAAUAUGUAAUUAAAUAAUAAGUUUAACUUUAUAUGGUUUGAAACAAUUACUGUAUGGUUAAACAAUUAAAACCGAUAGUAUUAUCCAUAAUGUACAUAAUAUAUUAUAUUAUAUUAUAACUACUAUUUAGUAUCUUCCUUUUUACUUUUAGUUAUAGUAGUAGUAGUACUUUAAAUUUACUUUUAUAGUUAAAAUCUUUAUGGCGAACGCUAUUUUACAAUAUGAAUUUUAAUUAAACCAAGCGUUUUAAUCAAAACUGUAUGUCGUUGUUAACGAGUCUAUAAUAUUCGUCCCGAAAAAUACUUGUUCCAACCAAUUUUUAAAACUUUUGGUUAACAUUGAAACAAUCAUUAUGAAGUAUAAAAUUUGCGCAUUGAUUUAUACGUAAAUAGACUGAAAUGUAAAUGAUAUGAAACGAUUCAACUGAUCAUAAUUAUUGUACGGUAAUCGUACUCAUCUGAUAAAAGUUGACUGUAACGAUCAAUACUUUUUUUUUUUUUUUUUAGAAAAUAAUACGUACAGCUUACGAAAAUAUUCUCCUUUUUAAAUUGUGUUAUUUUGUGUUCAACCUAUACGCCAAGAUUUACGUUCCAAGUAUAAGAGAAAACGCGUUAUAGAGAGACAGAGGGAUGUAUCUCGCUUUUUUUAUUAUAUAUAUGUUAACUGACGAGUUUCAGACAGCCAUCACUGAUCUUGAUUAUCUGGAGGUCAAAUAAUUUCCGAAAUCAACAUAAUAUUAAAUUAAGUAUCAGCUUUAGUUCUUAAAUUACCACUAUAAUCUUUAUGGUUUUCACUGAAAAACACGAUAUUCCUAUUCGUGAGCGUGUUGAAAUAAUAUAUUUUACAUGUUUAAUUACAUUAUCAAAUUGUUACCAAUUAAUGCUAUCGUUUAACCGAUCAGUAUAAUAUUGUAAUGGCUAAAAUACGAAAUGCAGAUGAAAAAAUCCACUCUUUGUAGUUUUGGUUUUUGACGAGUCUAAAUAGAAAUCAUUAUAUUAGACAGCCUUGUCAAUUUAACCUCGGCAUAAAUUUUAAUUUGUUUUUUGAAUUUAUAAACAAUUUCAUUAUUCGUUAUUUUGUAUUUUAUAUACGAAUAAAUUAGAAUAAUUUUUGUUUUUUCUCCGUCCAAUUUGUUAAAAAAAAAAAAAUUAUCAUUCGUUGUUAUAAUAUCUAUUCAUUGUUAGUAUAAUAUUAUAUUAUAGUAUAUAGUAAAUUAUAAUAUUAUCGCGUGUAUAUAACAUAAUAUUUUAAAACACGCGUGCGUUAUGCAUUUUGGUUUUUCAUUGUCGUUAAAAAAUAAUGAAUAUUGGUAAUAAUAUGUAGGUAUAUGUAUAUAAACUAACAUCUCCAUUGUGUUAUGAUAAUAUUGUACGUACGUCAUGGUGUCUCUUCGUUUAUGAUGGCGGGGGAGGGGGGGUUCCGUCAAUAUACCUAACUUUGUAACUUUUUUUUGCCACCAUCUGUCAUAGUAAAUAUUAUUAUUGCUGCAGUUGUUGUUUCUGUGGUUUCUUUUCAUUUCAAUAUUUCGUUAAAUCAGCUUUCGUAUACGGCAACUGAACAUUUUGGGCGUCACUCGAUUGUGCGCGAGUGAUGAGAGUAGGUAUUUAGUGCCGUUUGACGAUGAUGGGUCAGAAGUUUAUCCAGAAGUUUAUCAUUAUUCAGCCUAGUACGUAUAUCAUAAAAUUAUACAUGUACGACGAUUGAACGCGAAAAUGGUUGCGACGUUGUCAUCGUUUGUCAAUACGCAGUCCUGUGUACAUUAUACAAUAUCACAAAGCCUACAAUUUUUUUUUCCUGUGAACACUCACAUGACUCAUCAAAAAUUUUACAUAAUUUUGAAUCUGUAAUAAAGCCAUUUGAAGUAUUUCUAUUUGGUUGUGUGCAUAUAUAAGCCCUAAUAAAUAUAAUACAAACAAAUUACAGAUAAUUAUUCCGUAUUCGCUCAAAUCGAUGCCUAUGGUAAAAAAUGUACUCUGACAAUGUUGUGCAUAAUGUUUUUAAUAAAAAAUCGAAAUUAAUGGCUGAUACUGUUGAUGUAUCACUGUUUUAUGAGAGAAGUCGGAAGGGAGGAUAUAAUAUAAGACAAUUUAAUUUAUAUCUGUACGCAACGGUAAACUAUUGAUAAAGAAAAACUAUUUUGAGCAGAAUAUUAUUAGUCCUUUUUUCCCCCCUUUAUUGCCAAAGUAACACAGAAAUAAAAAAAAAAUGUUUACAAAAUAUAGCCAGUUAAUCCACUUUUUUAAGAAAAAACUCCAAGGAAAAUGAAAAAAAAAAAACAAUAAAAAAAACAAUCAUAGGCACUCAUAUUAUAACGAUAAUUCGCUCCAUUCAAAUUCGAAAAAAUCAAUAACUUAGACCAAUAUUGAAUAAUGUGUUGAUAUACAUUUUACCCGAUUUUUCUGGUACAAUAGAAUCUUACCAGUUAUUUUUACAAUCAUUUAGAAUACAUCAUCAACAGUAUAUUUCAACAAUAGUUUUUUUUUAAUAAUAUUCUCUGUGAUGAAUUAUUGUAUGAUAAUAAAUAUUAUUUCCGGGCUAAUAGAUUAUUAAUAAUUAAAUAUAUAUAUAUAUAAAAAAAAAAAAUUAGAAAUCGAUAAGAAAAAAAUAUUUGCACCAUCUCAUAAUAGCAACUUAAAAUUAUGAUAAUAAAUUAAUAAAUACCAAACCGUUAAGUAAAGAAGUAGCAUUUUAUAUGACUAUGAAAAAUAUAAAAUAACAUAAUAUAAUAUAUCGUAUAAACUAACAUAAAUGUAUUAUAGGGGCAAAUGUUACUUCUUUUCGGUUGAUCAGAAACAUAUUAACCUCAAAAAUAAGUAUUAGCUAUUCAAAUUUUAAUUUUGUAUAUAUAAAUCGAUAAGAAACUAAAUUCGAACGAAUAACUGACUCUGGACCAUGGUAGAUACGGUUAUCGAAUUUUCUAAUUUAAAAUGUGAGAUACCCGACGUGACUUUUGCCUUUUAUCCCUAUUUUUAUUUAUACCCAAUGUGGUAUUAGAAUAUACUUAAGUUCUUAGGUUGAUCAAUUAGGAUUAGGACAAUUAACUUCUUUGGAAGAAUGUCAGAUUUGAAGUUUGGACAAGAUUUUUUAUGUAUUCGAAGUUCGUGUGCCUGGAUCUCGAAUAUUCGACCGGUUUUUUAAAUUUAUUUUUUAUCCGAGUAGAGAAAUGAGUAUCUCGUAUUAUAAUGAGCUGUAUCGUUACAAAAUAUCUAUAGGGACGAACUCUGGUGAAAGAGAGUGUUUUAUUUAUAGGUAUAUCGGUACAAAAUAUUUGUAUAAAUGGUUUUAUUGUUUUUAUUUUUUAGUUAUAGUUUUUUUUUCAGUCGUGUUACUUAUCCACGUACGACUGAAAUUAAAAUGUAUGCGUAUUUACAUGUAGCACGGUAAUUCGAAUCGUGUGAAAUUAUGCGAUGUUAUUAUUACUUGUACCUAUACUUAAUUAGUAAUUAUUAUGUGCGUAUACCGGGCGUUAAAAGUUAUAACCUAGGAUUUUGGCUUUACAUAUUAUUGUUUACUGUGGGUAAUAAAUUAUAUUUAUUUACGCAUUAGCGAUUUUUAAUUAAAAUUAAAAAGAUAUCUUCUUAUAAAUAAUUUUAUUCGUUCAGUUAAUUUCUUUACGGUGUCAUAAGCGGCCAGCGCUUGAAAAUAGAGACAUGCAAAUUUUUUAUGUUAGAAAAAAAAUAGUUGUAUACUCGAUUUUUAUACACGGUUUCAUUUGCACGUGGGCCACGCAAAAAUUAGCGACGACACUGGUAUCGUAAAUUACAAUUUAGGUACCCUGUAUUAUGCAUUUAUACGGUACCCAAUAACAAUAUACAUAUUAUAUAAUAUUAGAACAUUAGAACCAUAUUUCAAAUCGUUAUUUAUUUUUAGUUCAAUAUUAAAAUAAACCAGUUCAUUCCUAACGGGUUUAGUUUAGAGUAGGUAUGCCUACGCCUUCGGUCAAGAAACUCCAGCUUCACUGUAAUAUAUUAUAAACAUUAUGUAAAUUAACUUCGAAAGUAUUUUUGUAUUUAAAUUUUAUUUCAUAUUAUAAUUAUUAUUCUGUCGUGCGAUGUGACUGUGUAAGUUCUAUAAAUAAUAUCAGUGAAAUGCAAAUCUGGUACUCUCGUUGUCUAUCCAGCAAAAAUUCAUAAGUCGUUUUUUUCUGUAAACAAAUUUUCUGCCCGACAUUCUGCUCCACCCAAUAGCUCUAUAGGAACUUUUUUUUAAAAUGUCUGAUCUAAUUGGUGCAUCGGGGAGGGUUUUGAUUUACCUUGUUAGUUUUUUUGCUGCUGCAGUUUAGUGAAAUUUGUUAAGAUAGACUUGUGAGUUAUUGCUGGUAAUCGAUGAUACAUAGAUUGUAUUGUCAACGUGAACGGCCAAUUUUGUUUUAUUGGGUUAUCAUAAAAACAAACCACGCUAUGCAAUUAUUUUAAUUUGAUAUAAAAUAUUAUAUUUCUGAUUUUAUUAAUAUAGCAAUGAAAUCGAUAAUAUUUUAUGAGUUUUCGUUUUAGUUUGGGAUGAGAUAAUAAUAUCAGUUAUACAAAGAAAUUAUUUUUUUAGGAUUUCUUUGAUUUUUUUAUUCGCCUUGUCAACCAAUAUAUUUUUAUAGGGAAAACCGGUAUACUAAUGAAAAGCAAAGGGAUUAAAAUAUAAUAAUAUGCAUGUUAUAUUAUUUUCAUGAUAUUUAAUCUUAUACAUAAAAAUACCGAAUUCGUUUUUAUUUAUAGCCUAUUGGGAAAAUAUAAUGUCCAUAUUUUAUUAUCUUUUUAACCAAACAAAAUAUAUCACUUCCUUGAAAAAUAAAUGAAAUUUUGAUAAGCUAGACAUUUAUAGACAUUUAAUAAAUUAAUUAACAGAAAUUGUUUAUUUUAUAAUUUUUUGAACAAUUCCGGCGUUUUACCAUGCUUAUUUAUUAUAUUCAACUCCAUUUACAAAUUACACCUAACUGUUGUGCGGUAAAGUGUGUACACCUUGACAAUGGUUUUAGAUACAUUUUGUAGAUAUAUUGACUGAUAUAAUAUUAUAUAGAUAUACCUAUAUUGAGUUAUAAAGAAAUAUUUAUCGAAUGUAAAUUUGUAUUUCAGAUUUAAACUUUACGUCUAAAAAAAAAAAAAAAACUAGGUAUAGUUUUAUUCAUUCCAAUAAAAAAUUAUGAUUCGGUAUUACAACAAUUGGAAAUCGAAAACUGGUAAAAUCCCAACAGUUAAUUCUAAAAAAUCCACAUUUUAAUUCAAUUUUCAAGUGUACAUUUUUCAAUUAUUUUAAUUGUAUUUUCGUAUUUUUAAAUAAAUAUUUAAGGGUAUUAGCCAAUAAGUUCCUAGCUCUUUAGUAAGAGCUAGGAAACAGGUACUAAAAAAAACUACUACUUUUGAAGUUUGUUUUAUUUGUUGCUGUCAAUAUUUUUGUUAACGUAGUAUAAAUAUUCGAAUUAACAUAAUAUAUAAAUAUUAUAGAUAUUGUACUUACAAUAUUUGUCUGAACAAAACGAUUAAAAACAAACUUGUAUUUCUUUAAAAUACUAUAGAUUCCCGUUUUGUUAUUCCAAUUGUCUAUUUUCUUCACUUUGAAAUAUGUUAUUUUCGUAACAAUAAUAGACAAGAAAUGAAAAAAAUAAUAUUUGACAAAUUCGAGGACAAAUAUUGUACAAUAACUUACACAAAUUACACAUGUAGUAUUAUAUCAUAAUAAUAUUAUGCAAGUUGAGACUGGGAUGUGAGUAUGUGUUUGUAUCGUUAUUUUUUAGCUUUUCUACAAGUACAUCAAAUUCAGUUAAUACGAUUUAUGUAACGAUUUUCUUUACCCAUAAGUUCAUAAAAAUGUCCUCAAUCUAUUAAAAAAGUCAUGUUUAGAUUGUUGUUAUUUUUGUUUUAGACGUGUUUUAGUCAAUGAACCGUAAUCAACCUUGGCUAAAUAUUAGUUCAAAAUUAUUUUGAGUUAAUUGUCAGCUGUUAUCUUUGGGUUGUUUUUUAGAAUACCUUAAAUCACAUAUAAAUGUAGAGCUAAAGAGCUUUGUUACAAUAGAAUGUAGUAAAGGAGUAAUGGAGUAGAAUACAUUUGAGUAACAAAAUUUAAUUUAAAUUAUUUAUUAAAAAUAAUAUUAGUUUUUCUAUAUUUUUUUUUUUAGGUCCAAUGUAAAGUGGGUUCAUAUUUUAUUUUCCUUAGUGUUUUUUUUUUUCAAUUAUAUUUAUAUCCAUUUUGUACGUUUUUUUUUUUGAAAUGUGUGUGGCUACAUUUUGGUAUGUAAUCAUUGUCUUGCCAUAUUCAUUUGUUCAUAAUUAUUGUAUUUAAUUUGUAUAGGUAAAAUCAGGAGAAUUAUUCAAUCUUUAUUCAUGCGCCGAAACUAUAUCUACUAUAUACAUCAUACUGCACAGUACAUAAUAUAUAUUAUGUAAAUAAAUUAGAUAGCCUACUCUGUAUGAGUAAAUUCUAAGCAUGAUAGCCACAUUAUACCGAAAGGGCAAAUUUUAUUGAGCAACCCAUAAAAUAAUUUGCUUAUACCAUGAAUUAUGUGAUAAUAUAAAAAAAAAUUGAAUUUAAUUACAAUAGAUAUUAAAUAUAUUAUUACGGAUAAGCGAUUGAAAACAAAUUUGUAUGUGACAAUAGAAUAAAUACAUAAUAUUGUGCAAGCAAGUAAUAGUGAUUUUAGUUUUAUACAUGUGUGUGAGUAAAAAGUAUAGUAUCUUUCUUCGUUAUGUUGGUACGAACACGUUCCGUGUACAUAGGAAAGCUGUUUCCAUAUGUUGAAUAUCUAUGUUAUUCAAAAAAUAUGGUUUAAAUCACGGGGUUGCACUCUGCAAUCCAGUCCAUAUAAAAUUAUGAUUAGGUUAUCGUCGCCAUAGCAGAGAAAUUCUGCCAUGAGCGCCACAUAUGCGUGCGUCUAACAAUAUCGCAACAACCGAUAUCAACAAUACGGAACAUCCGAACAUUCAAAUUGAAAUUUUAUGAAAAUUUAGAUUUUUAAAUUUUUUUAUAUUAAUUUUAAAUAAACUUAACAUAACGGGACAAAGAAAUUAUUGCUUUUGCCAUUAGGCAUUAUAUUAAUAUGAGAAUGCGGCAAUUUUCUCAAAAAUGCAAUGCUGAAAACAAAAGAAAAAAUAUGACCACAAAAUAAAAAGGUUUCUAAGUUUACAUUAAGUUAGGUAUUAUUUAUUUUUGUACAUCGUACAUACUACAUAAUUUUUUUUUUUAAGAUUAAAUGUACAAAUAUUUUUAUUUUUAUUUUACUACAUGUACCUAUUGUUAUAUUUGUACACAAAUUAAGAUAUACUCUGGCGAUGCUUUAGUAUAAGUAAGUGUGGUUAACAACUUUUUCAAAUAAAACUAUUACUAAUGAGAACAGUAUUUUCUGAUUUUAUUUCACAAUUUUAAUUUCUGUUUUUUAUAGUUUUGAUUAAAAACAAUUAUUAAUGCUUCGAUACAAUAGUCUGUGUUUUGUAGACAUUUUUUCAACCUUAUACCUACUAGUUUUAUUUUCUAAUUUAUUAAUACCCACAUUUAUUUUUUCAUACCAUGAUUACAUUAAUAAAAUAGUUCAUUUUAUCCUGGUCUGGAUAAAUUAUUUUAGAUAUUAAUAAUUACACAUUCAACUAAUUAUUAGAUUACAAUUAUUAGAUUAUUAUUACAUUAUUAGAUUAGAUACAAUAUAUUUUGCUACAUACUAAAAAAAUAGACUGCUGUUUUUAUUUUUAAGAAAGAUGAUUCUAAUUAUGAAGUCCAUAAUUUUUUGAAUUUUGAAUUUUAUUUAAUUUUAACAAGUAUGUACAAUAUGCAUAUAAUUGCAAUAUUUAAUACUAUAUUUUAUAAUGAACCACCUUUAAUGAAAAUUUGUAAUACAUAUUUAGUAUAAAUCAUUAUUACUUGAUCUUAACAAAAUAAUUGCAUCAGUCCACUACAAUAAUGUAUUCAAUAUUAUGAUUUAUGAAAGUAUGACAAUAAUUAUUGAAUUAUCCUUGCAUUAUCCUAUUCUCGAAUUUCAAUUAUUAUAAAUUAUAAUAAUUACUUCUAUUUUAUUUGAAUAUGUGAAAAUAUAUUAAUUGUAUAACUGUAAUUUACUGUACAACAUAAUAUAAUUAAUUAUAAAAUGCAGAAUAACUUCAAGUUAGCAAAUUUAGAAUCAUUACUUGUUGGUCUACGCUUCUAUAUUGGUCGCAGUAGGGUACAUGCACAGUAGCGAACUUGGCGGAUUAUUAUUAAAAUGGCGACUAUAAGCGAAUCACACUGGUCGAGCAGCAGCUAGUUCUUAAUAGUAUAUAAUAUUAUGUUCAUAGUUUCAAUAUUAUUAGGAACACAAUUCAUAAUUCAUGGCGUAAACAAAUAUUCCAUGGGUGAAUCAAUACAAAUUGUCCGCUUGAUUUCAUACUAUUUAUUUGUUUUUUUUUUAAGUCUAACCAUUUGUCUACUAGAUAUAUUGCUCUGAAUUUCAAGUGUAGCAUCUUUCUGAAAGACAAUUUUAUCGAGUUGGUACAUUGGGCAAUCAUUUUAAUUCUUUUUGCAGAUUUUUUUAAUAAUAUUGGAAAACCGAGAAAAAACAUAGGAAACACGGAAAUAAUGAUUCCAUUAUUUACGAUUUUUUUUUUAAUUAGGUUAAAAAUUAUCGUAGAGACCUGAAAUUUUCACAGAACACUUAUAUUAGUUUUUUCUAGACGUGGUAAAAUGAGUUAAUUAAUGAGCAUUUGACAUUUUUUUUUUUUAUUAUGAAUACUAUAUUGUGGCCUUCUUAUUUUUAGUCCGAAAUAUGUUUGACAUCAAUACUUUAUUGACAUCACGUAUCGAGAUUUUACUAAAUUGACAUUCGAAUAUAUUAUUUAAUAACUAAACAAGGAUAGUGGGUGUAAUAAUAUUAUUGUAUGUGAUUUGGGAAUAUUUUCUGUUUUACUAUACUACCUAAAAACUAUUACAGAGUAGGAUAAUGACCUCGAUGACGGUAAUAUUGUUAUAUAACUAUAGAUGUAAUUAAUUAAUCAUUAUUUAAUAUUUAAUAAUGUAAUAUUACGUUUCUCGUUAAAAAUAUAAUUUUCGUGAACAAUAAAUAAAUGAGUAAUAAUAUUAUGUAAAUAUAUAUUAUAAUAUUAUGUAAUAUACUUUGGAAAUAACUUAUUUUAAAAAUAGUUUUUCUCGGUGACGGUUGUCGUUUUAAAAUAUUUCACCCUUUAUCAUAUUAUUGUUAUUAUACUUUUACACGAAACGUCAUUUAGUAAACAUGGGAAAGUAGACGGAGUGGUGAAUAAAGUGUUUUUUGGUUGUUUGGUUUUUUUUUUUUUACUUUAAAAUAAGUUUUAUCAAUGGCUGUGUUUCAAGAAAAAAUAACCGGUGAUAUUUAUUGGCCCUCUCGAUCACCUGUAGAUUUAUCAGCGUAAUGUAUGUGACUUUAUUUCGGAGAGGUUAGGUAAGAAAUUGAAGUCUACGCAACACUUAAUGUAUAUUUAUACAGAUAUCAAUACGCCAUCAUCAUGUAUAAUAGGUACUCGAGUUUUAAUCCAAUUUUUGAUUUUAUGUUACUAAAGGAAAAAUAUUAAUUUUUUUUUUGGGAACAUUGACAUUACAAACGUACACUAUCUGUAUGCAUUUUAAAUAAGAUAUUAAUUAUCUGGUAAAAAUGUAAUCGUCGGGAUUAAAUAUGGCAAAGUACCGUGUUCACUGUUCACAUAUAGUAUAUAGGUAGGUCAUAGAAAGGGUCAUAGGCGUAUCGUUUGUUUUUAUUAUAAACCGUAAUUAUCGAUCACGUACUCACGUAUUCAUUGCAUUUAAAAGUUUUAUUUCAUUAAGUUUUGAUUUAUUAAAUAAAAUUUAGGCAUAAUAUUGUAUUUUAUUCUCAGAAAACGGCGAAAAAUUUAACUUUAUUAAAUGUAUGUUUUAUUUCAUAACUGUUUUGGACUACAAUCCUACAUAAUGUAUAGAAUUAUUAAUAAUAGUGUAUAUACACAUGUGCAUUGGGUAAUAAAUCGUUCCAAAAUAUAAGCACUACUAUACCUAAAUACGUAUAAAAACCUCCAAAUCAUAAUUAGAGGUUUCUUUAUUUCCAGCUGUAGUUGCCAACUUAAUACUAAUCUUUCCCUGAAAGAUUAUUUGUUUUUGUUUUUUUUUUUGUUAUAAUAAUAAGGCGUAUACAAUAAAUAUAUAUAUAUAUAUAUCUAUAUAUAUACUAUUAUUAUUAUACAUAAAACAAGUAUAUUGGUAUACAAAUAUCGUUCUGUUAAGAAUAUUGGUAGGUCGUAUUUUGUUGUUUGAAAUUUACAACCAUGGUUAUGAUUCAUAACUCAUGAAUAUGUUACUCUCGUUACCUAGGUUAUCUAGAUUGAUUUUUUUUCCCAUUAUUUUUCGUAAUUGAAAUAUUAAGUUAUUCGAAAAUUUACUUUUUAUAAUUAUCGUUGCAUACAAAUAUACCUUAAAUUUCCCCUCUUCUACCUUUCCAAAUUCUCACCAACAAUAGUGAUUCAUCCACGUGCGAAGUAUGUCCGUGUUUUUUUUUUUUGAAUAUGUUAGAUAUGCAUUUUUGUAAUGCAUUUAAUGUCCCCUUGGUUUUGAAAAAUAACGUAGAUAGGUGGAGAUCUAAGGUUUAUCCCUCUCAAAACUUCUAACCAAACGCCCACUCAAAUCAAGUAUAAAUUAAGAAUACAAAAUCAAUAUUAUGAAAAUCAUCUUUGAAAUAUUGGGGCUUUUAGCUUCUAAUAUGAUUUUGUGUAAGAUUUAUUGAUUUCGCUGCCUUCCCUGCAGAGAGGAUUUGCGCACGCUUACUACUAUAUCCCCUUUCAUUCAUAUUGCCUAAUUACACUCCCGAAUUUUCACGCACUGUCGUGUUGAUUUCGAAUAGUUCAGAAAAAAAUGAUAUAUACCCGUAUAUCGGUCAAUAAUAUUCGAAUCAUUUAUUUAGACAAACGAUUCUUUUUUUAUUGUUAUUAAUAUGACAUUUAAAUGUUAAAGUAAUUUAUUGUUGGCCAACCGACUAAAGCUAAUUUGAAAUAGUUCCAACGUUUCGGGACAACCAAUUAUUGUUAAUAAACAUGUGUUAUUGUUAAUAUUAAUAUUCUUUCAUAUAUUAUUCGCAAGCGAAGAUUUUUAACAGAAAGCGUACCAAAAAUAUGCUUUAUAUAUCUACUUAUAUAAAAUAUAAUACUUUAACUGAUAAAUUGUUAUUCGCAAUUGUAUUACUGUAAAUGUAAUACAUAAUGUGCUCAAAUAUAAUUAUUAUAUUUCUAUAAUUUUUAUCAAAAUUAUUAAAAUAAAUCUAUGCACGUUACCUAUGUAUUUAUAUUAUCUGUAUUGGUUUUUUUUUAAUAUCUUAUUAAUUAAUUUGUACGUGCCAUCGUAAUAAAAAAAAAAAACAAAAAAUACAGGCCUAUUUAAAUAAAAUAUUAAAAUAUAAUUAGAAUAUUUUUAUGCGAUAAAUUUACUGGCAUAAAAUAAAAAAAAAUACAAUAAUAAUAAAAUACGUACCUACCUAUGUCAAAACAUCUUAUUUGUUAUAUGAUAAAAAAAAAUCUUCCUUCAUGAAACGUAAAUGACCUCUGAUGAUUUUUUAAUAUAUGCACAAUAUUUCGUUAUCUGAAAAUAAUCUAACCUGUAUAAUCUACUUUUUUUAAAAUUAGGUUAUACGCGUACACAUCAUAUCCAUUUCCUGGUUUUUUACAAUCAUUAAGUUUAUGAUUGGUAUUAUAGACUAAUAUUAAUAACAACACGAGUAAGUACCUGAUCGUAUUAUUAAAUAAUAAUAAUUGUUAAUUUGGGUAUUAUGAAUUAACGAUUCCGUGAAAGUGUUAUUAUAUAUUUUGAUCUGUCAAAUUUUCGGAAUUUGAUGAUAAAAAUAUCGAUAUCGAAACUGUAUAAUCAAUAAAAGUCAGCUAUUAUUGCAGGUCAAUUUGUUUUUAAAUUUGGUAUUAUGAAACUUUUCAUAAAAAAAAUAAAAUAAUAAUAUUAUCAAAGUACUUAUAUAGUAUUAUAUGUACCAUAAAAUUAAUAAUUUACAAUGAAACCAAUUUUCCUAUUGAAUUAACUAAAUUAUACUAAUAUACACGUAAAGGAGAUACUUAAUUAUUUUAUCAUUUUCGGUCAAACGAUAAUUGUUGGAGUUAAAAUAUAUUAGUUUUUUUGUUUUUUAGUAAAUUAUAUAACCACUGUAGUCUUCAUACAGGGUUAUCAAGUCUCAGUCUAAGGUAUAUACUUAUUUAUCACCACGAGAAGUUUUAACUGCCUUCUACCUUUAACUGCGAAAUAAUCAAAUUUAAAAAUAGUAAUUUUUGUCUAAUUUCGACCUAAAAAAAAAAAAAAUUCAGAUUGCUUUUUGAAAAUUUAAAGUCGGUAAAGGUUUCACCAUUCGAACAAAAGGGUGAAAAUAAUAAGGGUAGUAUUUGUUACUGUACGUACUAUUUAAGAACUGAAUGCAGAAUUGAACUCUAUGCUCUUAAAUAGUUUUACAAUGAAAAUUCCUAAAAACUAUUAAUAUUCUAUCUGAGAUAAUUGUAGUGUAUCAGCGGAAAAUGAAUGACUCUGUACUAGUCUUUUGUGUGUUUUUUUUUUUACAGAAAAACUAAACUGUUUAAACAUAAUAUAUAGAUAUUGGUUCAUAUUAGUGAUAAAAUAAUCACAAUUUAUAUAAAUAAAAAUAAUAAUAAAUAUUAUUUUAUUUAAUUUAUUUAAUACGAGCAUGACCCAAAGUACAGUAAAACUUAAUAAAUAAACAUGCAGAUAAUUCAGCGAAAGUAAAAGUCAGAACUAGGUAAUGAGGUAUUGGUGGUAUUUAUUAACCAGGUAUUAUUAUAAGAACAAAGGGUGGGCGUUAGCAAGACGCAUCAUGCGGUGUAUAGGAUUGUUUAAACAAUAAUUAGUGGUGUGCAAAGGGAUUGCAAAAGUAGUGGUAGAGGUGGUCAGACGUGGAGGGACUCGAAAGUUGAUGAGAGAAAGGAGCGACAGUGCGUCCACAGAACCGCCGAUGAGGUUACGGAUACCUACCAUAUGGAUAUGAUUAGAAUCAAGUUAAUAGUGGAUCACCUAGUCUUACUCAGUACUUAGCGUAGAAUGUUGUGAUCGACUCCAUCGAAAGCUUUUUUAAAGUCCAUAAAUAAAACGUCAACCUGGCACUUACUUUCAAAAGCUUCGAGAAUAAAAUUAUUGAGGACUAACAAGUUCAUCACAGCUGAGUGCCCUGGCCUAAAAUCACACUGCUCAUCAAUAAGAAUCUGAGUUAACUGAAGCCAGAAUGUUGUUUUUGAGUACGAUCUUUUAAAAAAAGCUUUGGAAUAUGAUCUAGGAUAGAAAUUGGCCUGUAAUUCCUGACAUAUGAUUUAUCCUCAGAUUAAAAAAUGAGGGUGAUGGAACUUAGCUUUCAGAUAAAUGGAAAUACCCCUUCAUUUAAUGAACAUCUAAAGAUUUGUCAGAGUAGGGCAGAAAGAAAAUAUUAAAGGUUUAAAAGGAAGGAUCCUGGAAGAGCCCAUCAGGUCCUGCAGAAUUCACGUUUUUUAAUUUAUCAAAACCAGACUCUAUAUUAGAAAUACUAAAAAGUAAUUAUUGGGCAGGUCAUAACACUGGUGGGGAAGAUUAGCUUUUCUCUUAGACGAGAAAACGGAGUAGACUGAGUUGAAGAACUUAGAAAAUAAGUUAGAAAUAUCUCGUGGACCAGAACUAAAAAAAUUAUCUAAGUAGACCGUGUUAAAAAUACUACUUUCAGAUCUUUGCUUAUAAACGAAUUUCCAAAAAUAGUUGGGGUUAUUUUUUAAUUCAGCCUCAGUAUGGGCAAUAUAGUCUUUAUGAUAUUUUUUGGAUUAGAAUUUAUAUUGGGCACGGAGAUUGGAGAACUGUGUAUAAUGAACUGGAUUAUUAGACUUCUUGAAGAGAGCAUGAGCUUUUAGCGAGUACAAUUGAUUUAAGUUUAACUGUAAACCAGGCAAGGCAUUUAGGUUUCACAUACUUUGACAAAGAGACGAAAUGUAGAAUACAGUAGUGACGUUGAAUCGACGUCGAGUAGUCGAAUAGUCUCGGCCCAGUUAAAUGACUCCAAAAAUCUAGUAAUAAUGUAAAUGCUAAAUAGUGUGUAUUUUGAAUAUUUUUUUUUCUAAUAAGAAUAUAAUUCUGAAUGAGUAAACCAUAAAAACCACUGAUUUACAAUAAUAUUGGUGCUUUUGAAAAUAUUAUCCAUUAGUUAACGUCAAUAGUUCAAUACUACGAACAAAAUAUUGAUCAAAAACUUUUUCGUACGUUUCUCUACAAUAUUCAUUGCUUGAAAUGUUUGGAUGUAGACUUAUUAUACAGUGUGUCCCAUUAAACUUCGAUAAAUGCAACAACUUUUAUUGUGUAUAAUAAUAUUUUUUUUUUUAUUUUUGGAAUAUUUACUAAAGCCUUGCGCUAUUAUUCCUCUAGUUUAUUAUUAUUAUUUUUUAUUAAGAAAAAAAAAAUUGUUUUUACAAAAUUCACGAAAGUCAUUUUAUGAAUACAAUAGAUAUAUGGGAACAAAAUAUUGACAUUAAAAAUAUGUAUGAAUGAUUUUUUGAAGUUUACAAAAAUCAUAAACAAAAUUUGUUCUCACGAAAAAAUUGGUGAAUUCAUUGAUUCAAAAUUAUCAAAAUAUGAAGGUUACUAUGAAGGUUUUUUGAAGGUUAAUAUUAUAAUUUAAAUUUUUUUCAUUGCCACUACUAAAUAAUUUUAAUCAAUUAUUCACCAAUUUUUCCAUGAAAAGUUAUUUUGUUAAUGUUUUUUGUAAACUUCAAAAUAUUGUAGAAAUUUAACAAUUUAUCAUUAGUAAAUAUUUAUACCACCAACAUUUUGUUUUAAAAUAUAUUUAUAAAAUAGCUAUCUUGGAAUUUGUAAAAAAAAAAAUAAAUAUUUAAAACAUUGAACAAAAUAAAAGUUCUUGUAUUUGUGGGACACCAGUAUACUCCAGAGAUCAUUUUUGUUUUUAAAAAUACUUAUAAUGUUAUCUUAUACGAUAACCACGAAUCUUUAGUUUUCACACCGUGUCUCAGUACUUGUAUUUCAAUAGUUCUAUUUAGUUCAAGAUCCCAUCCGUUAAAUGCAGUAAUUGAAAUUUAACUCCUAUCCUAUCAAUAUAUGUUGCAAUUUUGCACUCAGAUUUAGUUCUGAUGAUAAUGCAAAUAUGAAAUACAAUACAUUAUGAGAAAAAAACCAAAUACGAAAUAAAAGUUAUAUAAAUAAAAACCGUUAGUAAAAAAAAAUUAAAUUGUUUAAUAUUAUAUAUAACUUAAAACAUAAUAUUAUCAAAUUUUCAAUAAUUAUUUUAAAAUUUGUAUAUUUUGCGAGAAAUAUAAUAACAAUUGCAACAGUCGAAUAUUGUUACUAUAUUAUAUAGUAUUUAUUUUAAUAUUACCUAUGUCAUAAUAAUAUUAAAGAGCUUAUAAUAAUUAUAUUAUUAUAGACAACGAAUAAUAAUUAACGCUUAUUAAAAGAAAAUUUCUUUUUAUUUCACAAUAUUACCUAUAUAUGAAUUGAAUACAUCAUACAAUCAUUGAAUACAAUCAUAUUAUGCUACACAUCAGUAUAGUAUAAACGUCAUUUGCAUGUAUAAUUAUUAUAAUAAGAUAAUAUGUAAAAAAAAAAAAAAAUCAUUGAAAAACAAAUCAAAACGUUUAACUGCAGAAUUAUCUACCAACAAACAUAUUAUAGAAAAAUAAUUACAACAGUAAAUAUCUUAAUAUAGUUCUUAUAUAUUUAGGCAUGUGUAUUCGGGCAUACAGCUUUAAAAUAUUUGGCAUUCUUGGUGCAGUUUUGACACCGGUUUUUGUUCGAAUCGAAACACUAUUACUUUUUUUUUUCUAUUACCCGCAUGUGCUAUCUCCGUUAUACAACCGCGUGACAGCAAAUUUCGUUCAGCAGGGACAACUCUGUGUUUUUAGUUUUAAUGUUAGAGUGAAUUAAUCCAUUAUCUAACUUAAAGAUAAGAACAUAAUCUGUAUCGUUUUUAAAUUUUUAAGCUAGUAAUUUUUGAAUAAGUAAUGUAAGGGACGUGAUAGUCUCCUUCAGUACUCACUUAAGUUAUACAUAAAAAAAAGAACUUAUAUUACUGAUAGGUAUGUUACUGGUAAAGGUGGAAAUUUAGGUGACAAGUAGCUACUCUUGAAAUUUGGAGCAAGAUUUCUGAUGAAAAAAUAAAAUAAAAUAAUUCGAAAUUAAUGAAAAUGUUAUUGCCGUAAAUUUGUCAGUUUUUCCUUUACGCAUUUAGUCCAUUUUCCCCAAUUAUUAUUAGAAAUACUUGAAAAAUAAAAAAUAAAUCCAUCUCAAUACAUUAAUUAAAUCCAAAAUGCCACAAAAAAAGUUUCUUGUUCAUUUUUGAUUGACGAGCAAGAUUUCUGGUUAAAAAGUUGAUUAUAGGCACAACAAAAAUUAGCCUGUUUCAUAGUAAAUUCAGUACAUUUCUCUCUUCACUCAAAAUCUAAAAUCUUUAUGUUUUAUCUUGUUAUUAUUUUAAUUGUUUACAUUGUAAUCUAAAUUAAGUAGUUAUUUUAUUGAACGAAACAGUAUGGAGUGUUCUUUGACAUACAUGUUACUAACAUUUGAUUUUUUUUUGUCUUUAAAAACACUUAACAUGAUGCAUCCAAAGUUUAAUCAAAAACUUUAUUGAUAUGGCAUAUAGAAUUAAAACCAUGUUUAAACUUUAAAGCUGCCAGUUUUCGAAUUGUUAAGUAUUGGGUAUGUUGUGUCUUGUGUAUAUAACGGUUGAUUAAUAUCUAUUUGAUAUCUUUAAUAUUAUUAUGUCAAUCAAAAUGUAUUCUGCUUCAUGGAAUUAAAUUUGAAAUAAAUAAGGAUUUUCAUCAAAGAUAAAAUGUAUACAUAUAGAUGUAUAGAUGAUCCUAUAAUGUUAAAAAAAAGUGUAAAAUAAUUUGUUAUUUGUUAAAAAUUUACCUGCCUAUUACCUAUUAUACCUACGCUUUUUUUUUUUUUUUUUUUUUUUAUAACAAAAAAAUACCUAUUUUAAAAAAAAAUAUAUUAAAAUAAAAUGUUAUACACAUGCGUAAAGUGUUAUUUGAAAUAGAAUUACCACAUGGUGAGAUAUUAUUAUUAUUAUAUAUACUUGGUUAUUAUACAUUUUGUAUUUGUGUAUCGUGUGUAAACCUUAAUACACUAUAAUAUUCACAAUGUGAUUUUAUUAUAUAGUAUAGAAAAUCUAUGUAUAUAUUUACACACCCAUACACCUAAAAAUAGCAUCAAAUUGUUUACCUAUAGAAAUAUUUUUAAAAAAAACUUUUUAAAAAAUUUUUUUUUGUUACGAAUGGUGAAUUUCAAUUUUUAUUCUCGAUAUCUAUAAUUAUGAUUAAUUAUUGGUUAAAGUGAGAAAAAUUCAAGGGGUAACUAAAUAUACCAAAAAUUGAGAGACGUUACCAAGUAUGUACUUAAUCCAUUUAACUUCUAGGAAACCCGCGGAUUAAAAACUUAAAAACUUCCGAAAUCCUCCCCCACACAAAAAUAUGUAUGCAUAAAAGUUUGUGUUUAAAAAUAAUUUCCUUUCCUCAAAAAAAUUAUUCUACACAUGCUUUUAGUCACUAAAAAUAAUAUAAAAUGGGCUUAAUAAUAAUAAUGUAUUAGCCAAUAUUAUAUACAUAAUUUAUGUUUAAUAAAUUUAGUGUGAAUUUUUAACAUUUCAUUAAAAAUACAAAUAAAAUAUCUACUUAUAUAUUUAUCAUAUAGUUUGAAUAUCGUAAGAUUAAUUAUUACUCUUAAUCUCGCUCUUAAUUAACAAUUUGUACACAAACCAGUUUUUUUAAACUUUAAUCCUGUAACAGAAAUUCAUGUUUUUGCUACGUGAAUGACUUUUAUGUCUGCAUUUCUGCACGUUUGCACGUAUACAUUAUUAAAAACUGACGUCUUGUCACUUCUUAUCAUUAAAAAUACUUUUCUUUUUAAUACAAGUUUAAAUAAAUGUUUUAAGAUCUUGAUACUUCAACUUUAAUUAUAAUGAUUAAAGCGUCCCCCGGACAACUAUGACUAAAUGGGUGGGAUAAUUUUACACUAAAUAAAAAAGGGGGUCUAAGUCUGGUUAAGAUCUGCAGUUUUUUGUUAUACAUUUAUUAUGAGAAAAAUAAUAUCGAUAUAAUAAAUGCACAGUGAUAAAUACUAUACCUUACAGUGGUACAUGAUAUUUAUACACUGGAUAUUUUUCUAAGCAUACGUAUUCAAUUUAUAUGUUUAUAAGUUAUUACGGAUUUAUUCAAUAUGCAUCUCCAAUUGCAAACAAAUUAAGCUAAACAGUAUAUUUUAUUAUUUACUUAAAAAAAAAAAAAAAAAAACACGUUUCUCUUGAUUGAAAACACAAUAUUUUAUACUGCUAUCUUAGAAUACUUUUGAAAUCAGAAAUGGUAUAGAAAAUCGCCACUAUCGAUUAUUGAGUAUUGAACAUAAUUUGAUUAAAUCAAAUUAUUUAAGAAUACUCUUCCAAAAAAUGAAUCUAUAAAAUAUAUUGUAUGCAAAUAUCACUGUGUACAACAUAGGUUACAAUAUAGGUAUUCUUGGUAAAUAUAUUAAUUUAAAAUCUAGAAUAGUUGAAAUAUUAUAAUAUUAUUUAAUAAAAUCGAUUUAAAUAAUUGUUCAACAUGAAAUUGUAAAUAUCAUCAAAAUAUUGUUUGUAUAGCAAAUUAGUGCAGGCAGUAACACAUAACUGUUCUGAAAUCGCGUUAAACAAUAUACAUAAUUUAUAUUGAUAUCACUUUUGAUAACGCUAUGCAUUAUAAUUGGCGUAUUUAUUAUUUGUAUAAUCAUAUUUAUCCGGCAGAAAUUCAUUUCUUUUCAAUGUACAUUUAUCAUGAUAUAAUUUUUUUUUUUAUUAAAAGAUGAUUAUAACAUUGUUAUAUUGUGUAUAACUUACUAUUAUUAUGUAUUAUUACUGUUGAUAAAUGCUUUUAAUUUUACGACGUGAAGGCGUAUAUUAUAUAAUAUUAUAAUAUAUUCAAUACAAUUUGCUCUAUUUAGUUAAAUUUACCAACAAAACUUUGAAAUAUUAGUAAAAAGAAAAAUCAGUAUCUAUAUGGGUGAAUUUAGAUGACUUGGUUGUCAAGAAUAAUGUACUUUUUUUUAAUACCCUAGUUACGAAUCAAACGCAUAUUUUUGUCAUGUGCCAUUUUUAAUUUCAAGUACUUCUCGUGCUUUUAUACGGAAGUUGGUUAUACGGAAGAACUAAUAAUACGCAGUGUAUAAGCGUAGGGUUUAAUAAUCAAUUUAGGUGUGUCGAGUGUUUGGUCGAGUGUCUACAAUCGAAAUUAAACACCCUAAUUCUUGUCUCUAUUCAUGCACGUUUAUUAUAGGACGCUACAAAAUAUGUCAUAUUUACUAUUAUUCUAAUAUUACGCAAUGUACAGUAAUAAAGUACGUAUGUUACACGUACUUAAAUGCAUUUGAAUGCAACAUAAAUUAUUUUUUAAUUCCUCCGUGUGGCCAAUACCUUCAAAUCCCGCACAAAAAUAAAAUUAAAAGCAUUAUGUUUUCCCUAUAAAAGUGUACAAUAUAAUAACCUAACCUUCAAUGAAAAUUAAAUCUGUAUUAAUUAUGUAUUGUUAAAAUAUAAGAACUUUAAUAUAAAUAACGAUAUUUGUAUUAAAUUUGAGACAUAAUGUUGUUUCAUAUUAGUGACGAUACCUUUAUAUAACUGAUAAAAAUUAUAUUCUUAAAUCUUAAUCUAAGCCUAUUUGAUUUUCAUUUAAGAAUAUGCUACACGUGCAUUUGAUGUUUUCGUUACAAAUACUAGAUAUAUUCGUAGUAAAAACUUGUUUGUGCAUACUACACAGAACUCUCUUAGCUUUGGUUUUAGAGUUAAAACACCUAUUAUAAAAUUAAUAGAGAACAAUAUUCCGGAAAGCGAGAUGUUGCAUGUUUUUCAAUGUUUUAGUGAAUUGGAAAAUUUUUUGAAAAAGUCGUUACUUAUUAGUAUAAACGGUAAAUUGUCUCUUAGUCUAAGUAAGCAUAUUUUAAAUAUAUCGUGCGUUUUUAAGAAACAACAAAUACGUGAGUAUCAUCCACUUCAAGCAUUUUGAUUUACACGUAUAAUUAUGCGACAAGUACUUGUUUUGAUACAUAACGAUGUAUUAUAUCGUCUUGUAUAGACGAGACUAACUAAAGAAUAUUUAUAACGUAUGUACCACGUUAUAAAAGUUACCGUUAGUAAAAUUUAUUUUCUUCGAUAGUUUUUUGAAAUGAACGAGAUAAGCGUGCACGUUUAUUGCACAGGGUAGACAAUUUUUAUUUUACAUAAAAAUGGUAACGUUUUUUCAUGUUUUUAUUAAAUCUUUUGCAUGGAUUUUUAACUGCGAUAAAGAGUUACAAAUUUAGGUCGGAUAUGUAUAUAUUUUUGCAUAUUUUUUUAUUUAAAACAAAAUAGUUUAUGUUUACUAAAUGUUUUUCAUGACUUAACGGCUAAAAUUUUAUUUUGCAUAUUUUAAAGAUUUUGUAUAUUUUUAGAGCAUAGGAGUGUUUAAGGAUUUCAUACAUUUUUAAGACAUUUUCACCCUAUUUAAUAACUUCUGGAACUACAGAAUAACGUGAAUAUUGCCCCUUUUUCUAAACAACAAGCGCCGCUCGUGUGUAUAGUGUAUAAUAUAUUGAACAUAAAAUAUAUAAUUAUUAUCGAUGAUAAAGCUGUUAUUAUAAUAAUAAUAUAAUAUGUUAUGUUGUCGGUAUACUUACGGUUUUAAGUCUCCUUCGCUUUACUUUCGAAAUAUCAUAUCAUAAUAUAACAACCUUCGGUAUAUUCUAAUGCUCGAUUCACCUGUUGAAGCAUAGUAGGUAUACGCGUGUACACAGACAUAGGUCAUUCGACUUUUUAGAACACGAUAAAACAAUACCUAAAUUGUAUUGUUGUAAAUGAAUACUGCAGCAUUGAACAAUGUUAAUAAUUUUUAAAUUCAUAUAAUGUCGUAGGUAUACGAGUAUGAAAAUUGUCAUUAUAUUAUCGCAAUCUAAUAUUACAGAAGUAGUUAUGUAUAUUAUAAUAUUUUGACGAGAACAAGAAUUACUAAUGUUUUGCGGGUAUGUACCUAUAAAAUAUUAUAUAAUUAUAGAUACCUCAUAAACGUACAGUAGCUACCUGUUGAAUACGUUCAGAAUAAUAUUAUUGUCGGUAUAAAAUAAGGUACAUGUUUAAAUAUUGAUAUUUAUCGCUAUCCAUAUCGUAAUAAUAUCGUAUAAUAAUACACAGAAGUGUUUAACCGAAAUACGUAAACACACGCUGCAAUAUUAAAUGUUUAUUCACGUUAACACGAAUGUCGCAAAAUUUCACUUGAACCUAUUAUAAUAGGUGUAAUGUUAUUCUGUCGUACCCCUGAAAGAAAACCGACACGACUCAAAAAAAUACGAUUUUCCAGUCAUUGAUACCAAAAUGUGCACACGAGAGACGCGCGGACGCAUUAUGUUGAAAAUCGCAAUUAUAAUGUCCAUUCAUUGUCAUGUAUUAUUUAUUAGCCCAUUUUGUAACGAUGUAUUAUUACUUAUGUAUGUAUAUUGGCGAUAACGUUAAAUUUUCGACGCGUUUUUCAGGAAUUCCGAAAGGCGCAAAGAAAAGUCACGGGACGCCGCUCGAUCUAGGCGCAGUAAAGAAACGGAGAUAUUUUCGGAUCUCGGUUCGGCGUUGCCUCUCCCGGCUUCCGUUAUCGGUCAACUGGACAAAGCUACGAUCAUGCGAUUGACGAUCGCGUCGUUCAAAAUUAUGGACGCUCUGUCUUCGAGUAAUAUACAAUAAUUAUUAUAUUAAUUAAAAUUCGAAUACGUUCGAUAUUUUUCGCUAUUGACCCGAUCUAUAUUAUAUUAUCAGGAGUGGCCAAACUUUCUCUCGGAUAGAGAUCUAUUGAGCAGUGACGUAACUCCUAAUGCCCGUGGUAAAAUAUCUAACCGCAUAGAGAGCGCUACGGUAGUUCAAAAAACAAAACAGCUGUUUCACAAAAAAAAAAAAAAUAAUGUUAUGCUGAAUUUUUUAACUUUGAGGAUCGUCUUUCUAACAAAAAUAUACAAUAUUAUAAACGACCGAUAGUUAUUAACACUAAUCAUUCGUACAAAUAAAACUAAAAAGUAUAGUUAAAUAACGUUUUUCGUCACGCUUUUAUUAAAACUGGUGUAUAAUAAUAGGUAUUAUAAAUACAAUUGUUAGUCUAAACGCUGUUGAAUGCGUAUUACUCGAUGAAUUGCAGGUAACAAAAUAAUGAUACAUAUAAAAAUAAAAAUGAUCGGCAACUGCGAUUUAUCUAAGAAAUAAUAAUUAUGAAAAAAAUUAAUCCUAACAAAGGUUGACAUUUCAACCGUUUGCGUUUGGCCACCCCUAUCUGUUAUACAUAUAUUAUUAGAGUACCCGAAUUAUGACUUAAAAUUCAUUCGAUUUAAUAAGCCCCUCCGAAAAUAUGACUUUUAAAUAAAUCACGCCGACGUCGUGUUGUUUUUAUGUUAUGUUUGUGAAAUCGGCAAUAUAACGGUGUCAAAUAAAAAAUGAAAAAUAUUGCACCUACAUAUACUCGAAAAAUAAUUAAUUAAUCAUAUUGUUCGUAUCGUAAAUCGUAAACGUCUGGUCGUAUUGCAAAUUAAAGUUCGACGAGUCGUAAUUUUAUUAUUUUUGUUUCUAUUAUCGUUACUUGUAUAAUAAUAUGCCCAGUGAUAUCUAAUGAAAAAAACCUAUUGAUUUUAUUAGAAUUUGUCUGCCUGCAAACUAAACGUAGAUUAGUUAGGUGUUUUUCUCCGUAUUAAAAUGUAUUAUACGAUUUUUUGACCUCGAAUAUUUUAUAAAUACUUCGGUAGCCGUCUGUAUUGGCGUAUUUUCGAUUUUCUUUUUCGUCUUUGUGGUGGUUUUUUUUAUAUAAUUUUACAAAACGAUACAUAUUUUAGGUGUAAUAAAUACGUUAAUAAAUUUGAACGGAAUAUUGAAACAUUAGUUUAUAAUUUUUCUACCGAAUAACAAUAUUUUUGUGUGAAACCACAUGAAAACGCAUUAAAAUUGUCACCGUUUGUGAAUGCGUUCUCUACACCACGCAGCUGCGUGUUAUUCCGUAUAACACAACAGCAGUCAAAAAAUAAAAUUUAUCCUAAAUUAAUGGAUCCUACAUGGCAGCAAAUCUGUAAUCGAUAAAUUAUAUCGAGAGAAAUCCAGCUAACCUUGGCCCCGGAUGACGCAAAUAGAUUUAUUUCACUUGAUUUUGUAUACUAUUUGUCAACAAAAAUUUGUAUUAUUUUAUAUAAUACGACGAUAAUGUUAAAAUCGUUUAAUAAUAAAAUCACUCAAGCCGAGUUUCCAUUACACCGAGCACUGUGUCCCGUGUAUUAAUUUACGUAUUCUGGUUAACUGAACGGUUUGGUUGAUACUAUAGGUAGUACCUGCUUUAUAUUUGUGGUAUGCCGUCCAUACCAACGAUACCACGAAGUUGAAUCGAAUUCGACUUUUCACCGUGUGUUAAUAAAAAUUUGUGAUGAUUGUUAUUAUUUCGUUUAUGUAAUGUAAAAAAUAAAAUCGUAUCACAGCCGCUAAAAUUAUAAUGAUAUGAUGGUAUAGAUAAUACGGCGGUUAAUGUUUGUAAUAUAUAAGGACGGCGUGUGAUAUAAAAUACACGGGGCACGGAAUGGAAACUGGGCUCUUUACAAGUAUAUGAAUUGAUAUUAAUUAUUUUUUCCCCUCGCGGUCUUUUCAGUGGAUUUCGACGAAAAACUCGACGAAAAAGAAUCGCCGCCGAACAUGAGCGAAAUAUGCAACAAAGCUUUGGACGGAAUCGUUUUGAUAACGACAGCCGACGGAGAUAUCGUUUUCAUAUCGGAAAACGUUUCCAGCUACUUGGGUUUAUCACAGGUGCUAUUAUUUUUAUUUUUUUUUAAAGUGUAUAUUUCAUUAAAAUAUAUAAUAUUAUUUUAAUCGUUUUAACGCGUACGCAAGAGUAUACCUACACAUUACGUUUUCACAUUAUAAUAAUAUUAUUAAUCGUCCGAAGUAAUCCGCGCAUGGAAUAUUUUACCUUGAUGCGAUAUUUUCGUUUUUACGGUAUGUAAUAAUAAUAAUAAUAAAGAAAAAAAUAUGCCCACACUAGGCGUACCUAUUUAUAAUAAUAAUAAUAAUAAUAAUAAUAAUAUGACACAUUGAUUUAUUCGUAAGGUGAAUAAAAAAAAAAAAAUUAAAAUUCCUUGGCGUAACUAUGUUACUUAUACAUUAUGUUAUACCGGAGGAUUCUUGAUGCCGCUGCGAAGUGCCAUAGUGCUAGGAUUUAUAAAAUUCGAAAUUUAAGGCUUAUCAAAAAAAAAAUAAAUAUAUAUUACUUACCAAAAUCGUUUUAAAUCAAUUUUCUCUGACCAACUAUAAUCUAUUUCUCAAAUAUUGUGCUUUCAAUUUAUUUGUUCUGAUAAAAAAAAAUCUGCGAAAUUCCUCGGGUUCAAAUUUCAGAGUUAUCUACGCUACACACAUAUGCGUACAGAUCAGAAUAUUUUUUGUACGCGAAUUUUAUUUAAAUAAAAUUGUUUUUUAAUGUAUAUUUAGUAAAAACCUGCGACGGACAUUUCCGAAUAUGCCAGACGAACAGCUAUCGAAUACUUUUGUUUUAGGAAAAACUAUCGAAUUGUUCGGCAGCGACAAUUCGGUCAUGUCCGUCGCCGUUACGCUAAAAACUGUUAACUGACGUUUUGUAUUUUCCCGUAUAGAUCGAUUUGAUCGGACAAUCGAUUUACGAUUUCGCCCAUCUUUGCGAUCAAGCGGAACUGAAGGAAAUGUUGACGGGCAAAGAUGCGGGCGUACAAAAAUCAUUUUUCAUUCGUAUGAAAUGCACUCUCACGAAUAAAGGGCGCAAUGUCAAUUUGAAAUCGGCGUCCUACAAGGUCUGUAUGAUAACAUAUUAUGUUAAUGUGUUUUAAACUCGAAAACGUAUUCUUAUGUCGUUGUUUUGAAAACCACGAUAGGAACGCUGCACACACGCAGGGGCGCAAUCACAGGGGGUAAUAUGGGAGAUAGAUUCCCACAUAGGCUGUAUUUAUAUAUUACCUUUUGCCUACUUUGCCUAUUUGUAGAAAAUACUUAAUGGUCCGGCAAUGUUAGCAAUUCAUUACGAUGUUCAAUUUUUAAGCGAAGACAUCAUUGAUAAACUUGCUAAGAAGUCUAGGAAUCAAAAAAUUGAUAGCAAAUUUGUUAAAUUUUUUUUGUUGAUUUGUAUAUUUAAUGUAGAAUAAUUAUAUUCAUAUGCGAUGGGAUAUAAAAUGUAGUUUCCGGGGGAGGAACGAAGCCCCCCACAAGUUUGUUAUAUAGAUAUUUAUUUUGAUAUCCCCCCCCCCCAUGAAACAUUGUCAAUUACGCCACCGCAUACAUGAGCGACGAGUCGAAUUCGAGUCGUUCGCGUUUCUCCGAUGUCCGAAAUGUUACGCUCGCGUGACGACGCGCGCACAUUGUAUACACACCGGCCGCAGUGGUCGUAUAAUAAUAUUCGUGGUGAAUGUAACACAAGACGUCUUUUGGACCGUCCGCGAUACCAUUUUUACAGUGCGCGAGUAGCUAUUUUAUUUAUUCACGUCAUAUAUUAAUAUACCUGUUUGUCCAGAUAUUAUACCUACGUUUUUUACGCGAACAGUCUCGGCGUCUUGUGUUUCUCGGAAGCGCUACGUCGUCUCGAAUCACGACUUCGUUUUCGCAACCUAUAAUUUAGGCAUGCUAAAACUAAUUAAUGGUUUUUCGCGGUGUCUUGUACUCGAAAAAAAUUAAUAAUAAUACAACACAAAAAUCACGUACGCCAUAUUUUUAUCACGUUUAACGCGACGACACAGAGAAUCGAUGAUACACUUAAACCGCGCUUAUAAUUCGCUAAAAAUUUCGCAUAAAUAUAUAACUACGUUUUUUUUCGCCGUCGAAAUUGCAUUUCCGAUACGUAAUAUGACUGUGAUUUAAAAAAAAAAAAACAAACGUAAACCCUAAUAAAUCUGUGUAUGAGUUCGUUUUAAUGUGUUCGAAAAAUUUUUCGAAUUCGCAGCUAUUCAAAUGACGAAAAGUUAAUGCAAUUUGUAUUGUUUUACUUAGAAUGCAGAUAGGUUUAAUGUCGAAUGCACGUGCAAUCGAAAAAAUGCAGGUUCUUUUAUAUUACGCCCGUGAUCUAUCAACCAUCAUAUUAUCUGUUAUCAAAAUGUAAAUAUUCAACUAUACCAGCGUCCUACUGUUUCAAAAACGUGAAUUGCAAAUCGGUUAGAAUUUCCCGUUGCACGGGCGUAUAGAGUUUAUUAUAUUCGUUUAUCUUUUUUCAAAUUUUAUAUGUCGAAACAAUUUAUAAUUUUAAAGUAAGCGAUAAAAGUAAAAUAUUAAAUUUGUUUGGCCUUAGAUUCAUUGCUGCCGGUUCAUAGGUUCUAUGUGGUAGGUAGUUUUUUUUUUAUUGACUGAUAAUUGUGUAAAAAUUGCGAAAAACUAUAAUCAUAAUUUUUAGUACGACACACCCGUUUCGAAUAAAACUAUUUUUUUUUAUAGUGUGACAUCGUGAUUUAUUAUAAUACAUUACUAGAAAAAGAUUAUUGACUACAAAAUUUAAAAUAUUUAUUUGUAUUUAUAAACUUUAUAGUAUGUUACCAAAAGGUUUUGGAAUUUUUUUCACUGUUUAAAAUUUAGUCUAAUUUAAGUUUUAGUAAAACUUAACAAUUUAACUACGGAGAUUCUGUAAUUUGUGAAAUUGCUAAUGAUACUAAUAAAAUUGCCGUUGUACAUAUUUUCUCGAUAUAGUUAUAUUUGGAUUACGUUAGAAAAUAGGUCUUACCUGUUCUUGAAGAAGAGGUAAUUUCUCCAUUUUCUUUUUUGGAUUUUAAAUUUAUACAAUUGCCAUGUUUUAAAAUCUUUGAGACUCAAUACAAUCUUACUUUAAAUAACUUUAUAUUUAAAAUAAAUUUAAAAUAUUGCUACAAUUUUAAUACAGUGUCACAAUUGACAUUUAUGUAUAUGAGGUGGUUUUAAAAUCAAGUGCAUAACUGAAAAAAAAUAUAGCCUUAGACUUUUUAUAGGGACUACUUUUUUAGCUUUAUCUGUUUUGAGUAAGAAUGUUUGAUGAAUAUAUAAAAAUGAUUUGUAUAGGUCUAGUCGUUAUAUAUAUAACUGUAUAAAAUACAUAUUCAACAGUUUUUUGUACUUGCAUUCCUUAUUUUCCGUGCGUUUUGAGUUUCCUGAAAAAAAUAUUAAAUGUUUAAUGGGUAGUUAAAUAAAAAUUAAUGAAAUGCUCUUUCUUGUUACUGUUCAUUUUAGUUUGCAUUUUUAUUCUUUUUAUUUCCUAAGACAGAAAACCAUUUUAAGUUAAUUUAGUUAAUUUCAGUAGACAAAUUUGGAUUGAUUAGUGUACGAUUAUAUUUUUCACCAAAUUUUCAUUAUAUUUAAUACUUCAUUAUCAUUUAACUAGCCUGGAUCACAUCUUUAAAAUCAUAUUAAAUUUGUUUGUAUUUUAGUCAUCCUUAAAAAACUGUAGCUAGGAUGGUAAAAUGUUUAAAAUUUGAAAUACACUGUUUUCAACUAUGUCCUUAUUUUGCGUAUUUAUGAGAACUUAUUUGAAAUAAUGGCUUAGGCGGAACUGGCCACAGAUUUUUAGGGACAACUAUAACUAUUGGUACGCAAAUACACAAAUUAUUCAUAAAAAUCAUUGUAAAAUAUUAAAUUUGUGAUUUGUUCACAAAUCCGGGUUUAUAAAAUGGUACUUGACAAUUUUUGAGUAUAUUCAAAAGAUGAUUCAUACAAACAUAAGAAUAUUUAAAAUAUUUCCAUUCCAAUUAAUAAAGUGUUGUAUAAACAAUCAAUAACAAUAUAGAAUUCACCUUAUUAACAUUCAAAUUUUAUAUUAUAGUAGGAGUAUUUUACAAUAGUGUAGUUAAAAUGAUAGAUAUUAAUCAUUAAAUUAUAUUUUUUCAAUAAGAACACUUUUGAAAAUUGUUUUUGUCAUUAUUAUGAAUGGAAAAUUAUUAGUUUUAUAAUAAAUAUCAUUUUAUUAUUAUUUUAACUAAUGAAUAUUUUUUUCAUUUUUAGGUACUUCAUUUUACUGGACAUUCAGUUAUCAAUAGUUGUGCUAAAAGUAAAUCAUCGAUAUUAUCUGCUGAUGAAUCUGAUUCAGAUUAUGAAUCGGAUAAAAAAACGGAUUUGGACAACAGAUCUAAUAGUAGUGAUUCAAAGUCUGAUACAUUUUUUAAUAAUUCACAAUCUCAAAUAUUUGUAUCAGUUGCCGAACCAAUACCGCAUCCAUCAAAUGUUGAAAUACCGUUGUAUAAACAAAGCAAAAUAUUUUUUAGCAAGCAUUCGUUGGAUAUGAAAUAUAUAGUUGCUGAUGAUGUGUAAGUGAACAAAAUGUUGAUACCAUUAUUGUUGAAUUUAUAUAAUAACUAUUGUAAUUUAUUAUUUUAAAUUUGAAUUAUAAUAUUAAAAAUUUAAAAUAAUUAAUUAAAAAUUGUAAAUUAUAGAAUUGUAUUGAUAUUCAGCAAUAAUCUAUAUUAUCAAUUAUUAUACUAUAUAAUGGUUUGAAAGUUUAUCUAAAAUUAAUUUAUUAAUGAUGGUUUGUAAUAUUGUAAAUGUAAUACAUUUUUGUGUUGUUUUAUAUUUAAAAAUUUACUUUUGUUUUUACUGUUAUUGAUGUAUUUUAUUAAUUCUAACUUAUUUUGUAUACCUACUUAAUUACUUAUUGUAUUUAUUGGAUAUUAAAAAAUCAUAUUUUUUUUCAUUUUAUAUUUCACUGAUUUAGUAUAACAGUAUUUUAAAAACUGGGCAUAUAUUGGUUUUUAGUUAAUUAUUAAAACUAAAAAGAAAUUAAAUACUUCCGAAGUCAAUUUCUCUCGAUAAUUAAAUUAUUGUUUCAAAAUUUAAUUUAAUCUUAAUUUUUACUUACUACAAACAUUUAAUUUGUAAUUCAAUAAAUCAUGUUAGUUAAUUUAAAUUUAUUUUAGUAUUUUAAUUUAAUUUCCAAUAAAUUAUUAAAAAACGACUCAUACUAUUUAAUAAUAUUUUGCAAGUGUAAUAAAAUUGUUAAUUAAAUAUAUAAUAAUCAAAAUAUUAAGUCCUGUAUUUCAUAAAGACAUGAAAUAUUUCCAUUUAUAUUUUUAAUUAAAGAUAAUAAGAUCUGUGGUAUAAAUAUAUAAUAGAUGUAUAAAAUGUAUUAAAUUUAUUAUUUUGUGUCACUGCAUAACAAGUAGUGCUUUCAAUAAAAUAUAAUACUUAUUUCAUUUUUUACAGCAAUUAUAAAAAAUUGUAUAAUAUGACACCUUAAAUAUAAUAAAACAUAUUAUACAACCAGAAUAUUAAUUAACUAUUUAAAAUUUAAAAUUUGCCCAUUCAUAAUUUAAAAUUAAUUGGAAUACAUUAUAUUAUUGUUAUUUUAUGCAUAUAAUUUUAUGAACAAAUUAAGUUUAUUGCAUACACAGUUAGUUUAUAAUUAAUCUUGUCUAUUUUCAUAAAUCCAUUGAAAACUUUCUAAAAUGUCUAGUUUGAUCCAAUUAUCAUCUUUUUAGUAUUUUAAAUGUAAUUUCUAAAAUCUAUUUUAUAUUCAAUAAGUUUGUAGUACUUAAUUCUAAUUUAUUGUAUUUUUAACUUAUAAUAUUACAAGCCAACAUAUUUUUAUUGAUAGUACAAACAAAGUAAAUUAUGAAGUCUUUAUAUUAUCGAGUUUUAGUUCUUAAAUUGAAAUAAAGUAAAUUUCGUAUUGUACAUUAAAGUAUAUAUUUUUAGUAUUAUAAUUUAUACAAUAUAACUUUUAUUUUUAUUUUUAGUAUAACAAAAUAUUUGGGUUAUGAACCAGAUUCGUUGCUUUCAAAGUCUGUGUUUGACUAUUAUCACGCUCAAGAUUGUAAUUCUGUUGAAAAGAGUUUUAAAAUAUGUAAGUUCAAUAAUUAUAUUCUCAACUUUUGUGAAGGAGUUAAAAUGUUUUUUAAAUUAUAAAUUAUUUAUUUUCAGUGUUCCAGAAAGGUCAAGUAGAAACCAAUAAAUAUAGAUUUUUGUGCAAAGGAGGUGGUUAUGUUUGGGUAGUUACGCAAGCAACCAUACUUUAUGAUCAAAAAGGAGUAAAACCUGAGAGUAUUAUGUGUAUCAAUUAUGUUGUAAGGUAAGAAUCUGAAUUUCUUUUUGGAUAUAAUAAUAGGUUUUAUAAUUUGUGUUUAGUUACAACCAAUAUGUGCCUUUAUGACACUAUAAGCACAAUAAUUAUAAAUAAUAAUAAUUUUUUGAAUAGAAUUCAGCCAGUGGUAACAAUAUACUAUAUUAAUAAGUGAAAUUAAAUUUUAAAGGAGUAUGUUUGUUUUAUAAUUUUAAGGAAUUUGUUUCUGUUAUUUAGAACAUUUAAAAAAUCAUAAUUUAAUAAAUCAUAUGAAAUCAAUACAUGCAGCAAAGAAUCUGUUAUUUUUGAGUCACUAAUACCACAUGAUAAAGUGUGACUUUCUCUACAUUGGAUGAAAUAGGUAUUAUCUCAAAAAAAUGAGCAAGAGGUUGUAAAUAUUAUUUUUAUAAUUUUCCUUGUUAUCUGAUAAUAGAAAUAAUAUUGUCUUUAGAUACAACCUACAAACCUUAGAUCAUAUAUUAUAUUUCUUUAUAUUAUGUUCUAAGUUACAAACAAAUAAUAUAGCUGAAAGAAAAUUUAUUAUGUUAUGAUAAGAGUACCUAUUAAAUAUGAUAACUAAAUCAUGUUGUUCCUGAUGAAAAAAGUAGUAUCUUUUUUUAUCUUUUUAUUGACUGGUUAUAUCAAUAUAAAAUCUACUUAAAUAUAAUAGGUAUAAUAAUUUAUUUUUGUAUUAAUAAUAUUUCAUAUAGAUUUUAUUUUAUUUAAAUUUACAUUGAUUUGUAGAAACAUUUUUUACAAUAUUAAUUUGGUAUUAAAAUCAAAUUUAUUGUAUUAACUAAUUCUAUUUGUUUUUUUUUUUCAUACAUAACUUUUUUUUGUGAUAAUAAUUAUAUUAGUAAACUACAAUAAUUCUUGUGAAAAUGUACUUUACAUUGGAUACUAACUUUCUAUUCACAUUUAUCCAGCUAAAAUAGACUUAACUUCAAAUACUGCCUUUUUCGAUUUUUUUUCCAAUGUAAAUUGUUGCAACUUGAUUUUUCAAAGUUUAAAUAUAAAAAAAAAAAUCAACAAAAACUAGAAGGAAUAUUUUAACGUAAAUUAAAUCAAUAAAAAUGUUGCAAAUAGAUAUAAAAGAAAGUUAAAAAUAGACUCAGAAUUUGAGUUUUAAGUUGAACAAUUUGUAAACGAUUUUAUUUAAAAAUUACAAAAAGUGUGUUACUAAACCACUUUCUUCGAUGUAUGUAUCGAGAUAUAAUUGACUGAAAUACCAAUUUACUCCGGGAGUUAUUGUGCAAAGCACUUAGGUAGAUAAAUGAACUAAUUUUAGGCCGAAAACGUGUAUAACUUACAGUUAUUUGUAAGUAAAUAAUUAUAAAAUAUUUAUUCAACCACACGGCGUCAACAAUAGACAAUUUAAAUACCUUUAGUAAUGUUGAAAAUGAAAGUAAAAUAUUUUUCAUGCAUAUGUUGUAAUCGCGUAUAAUAGCUUAAGGCGUGCACGAAGCGAGUUUAUUUUUUAGUUAAAAUAAAAACAAAAAUUUAUUAAUAUUCUUUCAUUAUUUUACACUUUUUAGAUUGGUUUGGUUUUUUUUUGUUCUUUUUGUUUAUUAACACGAAUAAACAAAAAGAACAAAAAAAAAUUCCUAUUAGAAGAUUUGCGUCAAUAAAACAUUUCAUAGAGUUUUGUAGCAUUUUUGAUCUAGUUGGUAUAUGGAGAAGAUGGUUUUUAAAUUUCCAGUACUCGUCAUUAUCAUGGAAUAACGGGAAAAUGUAUAAUGCAUAUUCAUAUUGUUUUUUUUCUACAAUUUUUUUUUUUUUUUUUGUGCGAUUCGGUAAAAAUUAAUCGUAGAGAUGCAAAAUUUUCAUUCGAAUACUAGCUGUUGAGUUUUAAUGGUGUUUAAAUGUUUUGGCUUUUUCGAAUUUAUUCCGUAGGUAUUCAAAAAUAAAUUCACUCUGAAUUAAUAAGGUAUGAUAAAAUACGAGAUUGUUAAAUUUAAAUUCUUACAAACAUGUAUGAAAUAAAGCCGAUUGUUGAUGAUAUAUUUUAUUCGUUAUUAUAAUCGGAUUUAGCCAAUGGAUAGCCUAUUAAUUAUUUUUCUACUGUCUGUUGUUAAUAGUUUGUAACUCAAUGAUUGCAGGUUAUACAGUAUGAGCUAUUUUGCAUUAUUAUUUCGUGUCUCAGAUUAUUUAUAUUCUGUAACACUGUUGGUACAAACGAGUUUUGGAUUGUUUAAAAUCCCUUUUCCUUCGAUCAACUAACAACAUUAUUCGAGAAUCUUGUUGAUUAUUAUUAUUUUCAUGGAUCCUGUUUAAUACUAUAUCAGGUUUUUACGAAUAAAUAUACUUUUAUUGGUCUUUUGUAGUUUUUUUUUUUAAUUCGAGGAGAGGCGAACACGAUGAUAAACGCGAAUUCCUUCUUUGUACAUAGAAACCAGGAAAGGACUAGUUUCUUAUUUUUACAAAACUCAAAACGGGUUCGUCGAACGAGUUCUUUAGUAAUCGAAUGAGUAUUUAGAUUUUUCAACGGAACUGAAUCGUUUUGUCAUCGAUAUUAUCGAAAUAAAAGAAUAAAAGUUUACAAAUUUUGUAAAUAAAGUUUAAUAAGUACUUAUUAAAUUAUAAGAUUCAUAACUAUUCCACCUAAAAUUUACGUGACACAAAUAAUAUUAAAUAUAUAUUUUUUAAAUCAAUUUUAGAAUUGUUAUUUUUCUAUAUUAUUUGUUUACGAAUAAAAAAUAUUCUUUUCAAAAUAUACAAGUACCAUUAUUAUAAUAAUAAUUAUUCUCAAUAAUCUUUCAUACUUAACAUUAAAUUCUCACAAGUGCCUACCUAAAUAAGUUAAAUAUUAGCAGAUAUUCAAUAAAUAAAUAAUGUAGGCAAAUCAUAAAAAUAUAUAGAGUGGUGUAAUCAGACUUAUAAUAAAACGAUCAGGUACCAUAAUAAUAAGUUAAUAUAAAUUCUUACAAUAAAAUAAAUAUUGUAUUUUGUGCGCUCGUGAAAUGAAAAAUAGCAUUGGGUUUUAUCUGCAUCAAAAAAAUGAUUUGCAUUAAUUUGUUCAAUUAUUAUGUAUUACCUCUUUAACUAUCGCUGCCACAUUAUUGUUAAUAUUCAUCAUAGUUUUUAGUGCCGUGUAGAUAAUAUUAUAUUACUGUAUUUCAGUUAUAGGUAUUAUAAAUAUUUGAAUGUUUAUAGUAUUGUAAUAUUAAAACCCGCGGUCCAUUCGAUUAUUGUUGUUACUAUCGUGAUAGUUGCGAAAUUCGCAAUUGUAAUAAUUACUAUUAUGAAUCAUAACAUCGUGCGAAUAAUGUGUAUUGGUAGCUAUCGAAUGAUUUCGAAAUCAACUAUCACACUAUCGAUAAUCUAUAGUUACUGUUGUAAAACUGCUUGAAUGAUAGUUACUAAUAAUGUGUUGAGCAUUACUACCGUUCGAUUUUACUGUCGUGGCGCACUCUCAUCAUAAUUUCUCUCGAUAUUCACUCUACUAGAUUAUUACUGUACAACUGCAUGUACUAUCGUAUGAACGUUGUUAUUGUUGUGAUAGUUAUCAGGCAUGUAUAUACAAAAAACAAUUUAUAAGUAAAAAUUAAACCUUUUGAACUAAAGAACUAGUAUAUAAUAUGAUUCCACACGAUGAUAGUUACUAUCGCAAUAGUUGCACUACCAACUAUCGCGAUAGUAGACAUUAUAUGGACCAGACACGAUAAAAUACAUCGUACGUAUAGAUUUUAGAAAUCAAAAUAUUCUCCUCUUACACAUUUUUGCCAAUUUGGCUACAUUUAUAUAUUAACUCGUGGUAAGAAAAAUGAGUGACAGACGGAUUUGCUAUAUAUUUUAUUUUUUUUUGCUCGACGUAAAUUUCAUAGGUAAUUUCAGUUGCAUCGCACGGCACGUGUACAAUCGUGAGUAAAAAGUCGAGUAAUUUUUUUUGUUAAUUUUUCGAUAUUUUUUAUUUAAUCGUUUUUAUUAUUGAUUGUAUUAUUUUCAUAUAGUUUUCAUGUCACAAAAUCCGUUUUAUUAAAAAAAAUUACUAUAAAUGUGCAGAGUAAGUUUAAAUUGAAAUAUAUUUUAACUUGAUUAAGAGUAAUAAUGCAAAAAAGGUUUGUUAAACGCAUGAAAAACAUACAAAAUUUACAGUAACUUCUAAUAUUUACCUCUAAUAUUUACCUUUCUACACGUACCAAAAAUUUAAAUGUCUUUUUGAAAAAAAAAUGUUUAAUAUACUUAAAAAAUUUAAUUUCUAGAAAAAAAAAAAAAAUGAAGGCUUUUUUUCAUAGGUGUACGAUAUUAUGUUAUCUACCCAUGCGCAACGAAGAAUAUAUUAAUAUAUUAGAUGUAUAUAUAUUAUGUAUUUUCUUCACAUAAUACUUAAUUUUGAUUUAUCACGUUUUUCAUAACAUUGUUCUCAUUAAAAAAAUACAUAAAUAUUAUGUUGUAACAAUAUUUUUAAUUAUAUUAACUGAAAAACUUAUUUUAUGUAUAAAUAAAAAAUCUCAAAUAAAAAAAAAAAUCAAUUUAAUCACAUUCACUUAAUUUUUUACUAAUUUAAUUACUUAAGUUUAUUUUCAUCAGAAUAUUUUAUUUAUGUAUUUAUAUAUAUAGAUUAUACGCAUUCUGUAAAAUAUAAUUUUUCAUUUUUAAAACGUAAUAAAAAUCACGCACGUUUAACUAAUAAAAUAACAUAAUAUAUGAUUUAUUAAAAAAAUAGUUGGAUGAUAGUUUAGGUAAUUCAAUUGAUUAAUUUUAACUUUUACGGCUAUAUUAUCGUUAUUAUAGGUAAGAUUCUUUAUUUAUGUUUGGGAUAUUCAAGAAAAAAAACUGUAUUGCUUACUUUUACAUUUUUAUAUCUCUAAUGUAUUUCUUUUGUAGUUUUUAUAAUCUAUCAAUUUAGUUGUGUUAUAUUAAUUAAUUAAUAAUAUUUCAGUAGAAUCGGUAUUUUGACAGGUAUAACACAGGGUGAACAUUAUCAAGUGCAUUUCCACAAAAAAAAAAAAAAAAAAAAAUCAAAGCCGAUACUACUUAAAGGUGUGCUACUAUUUUAGGAAGGAAGUUCGAAAGGAAGAUAGAGCAAUUUAAUUUGUAUUUGAAUCAAACGAUGAACCGUUGUUAAUGAUACAUGUUUAUGAGCAGAGUAUUAUUAUAGUUUUUUUUAGAGCCUAAAAUUAGGGUAUUUUGCUACUGCAUACUUAAUUACACACACCAAAAUAUUUUAAAAUAAUGAACAUAGAUCUAGUAGAACACAUGCCACAUACGACUUCGUUGCAUAGUUGUUUUUGGUAUUUAUUAAUAAUUAGUUAUAAUAAAUACAAUUUAAGACAAUCUUGUAUAAAAGUUAUUGAUAUAUGACUAGAAAUUUUAAAAUUAAAAACUAAAUAGCUUGGGUUGAUAAACUUAUUAUAUUAAUAAAGAAUAAUAAAUACCUACACUUUAUUGGGAACAACAUUUAACAUAAUAUUAUAUAUCUAAUUAGUAAUUUUCAUUAUUUUAAAUAAUCAAUAUUGGAUAUUAAUUAAAUAAAAAUGUAUAAAAGACUAAAAUAAGUACCUCACACUUUUAAAUUUACUACUGUACAUUUAAUAUUAGCUACUGCUCACAGUGUGUGCACUGUACACAAAUUUAGGCCCUGGAUUUUUUUCCUUCCUUACAAGGUAACCUAAUAAUCAAUAAAAGUAUGCAAACAAAUGUUCAGUUUUUCAAUUUAUUAAAAAAACUUUAAGAAAAACAAAAGUCUAAAAUAACGUUCCUAUAAUGUUUUUAAUUAAAAUUUCCGUCUUACAAAAAUAUGCUCCUCACGGUCACUCUGUAUAUGCUACUAUGCAACUAUUGUUUACUUUUAUUACUCACACAUACACAUAAACAUAUAUAUAUAUAUUUAUACUCGUUAAUUAUUGUUUAAAUAUUCCAUACUUAAAAUAAUUAUACUUUAUGCAAUGUACAUUAAUGAUAAAUUUUAACAAUAAUUUAUAUUGGUUAUAAAAAUAUUGACCUUAUAUAACGAUGACUAUAUAAGACUUCAGUACCGUUUGAUGAUGAAUACUAUUUUAUAAUUUCAAUUUUAUCAGUAUAUAAUUUCAGAAAAGAAAUUGUCGUUGGUUUAAAACGUUAAUAUUUAUUACUAAAUUUCAUUUAUAAAUGCACCAUAAUAUUUGAAAAUAAAUAUUUACAAACAUUUCGAGAUACCAGAUAAAAGUGAAUAAUAUUUUAUUGACGCGUUGACACUAGACUGUCGCUUUUUGUACUUAAAAUGUCAUAUUAUUAAAAAGCAUAGUAAAGCAAAAUGCUCGAAUCGUAAAUUUUCAAAACGAUAAACUGUGCAUUUUUAAAACGUAAAAUUAUUUGUUUGUUAUUUGUGUGUUUUUUUCGAGAAAUUUCCAGUUUUUCAUAAAAACGUUAGACAAAGGAAAAAAUCUAAAACAAAAUCCAAUAAUAUAUCAAGUUCCCAAUCUAUGCAUGUGAAAUUGUUACGUGCGACUUUAAAACUAUGUAAUAUAUUUAAAUUAUAAAGUAGCUAGUUCUGACUGAUGUAAUGGCCGAUUCGCCAUUGCUGAGCCGAAACCUAUGGGCGCCUCUAUACUUUGGCUAUAGUGGGAGGGGGGACGGAGAAAUUGUUAAAUUUUAUAUAAAUGUCAAAUAAUAUAAUAUUGAUAAUAUUUACUUGUGGACCAACAACUAUGUCAAAUGUCAAUGUAAGUCCAUUUCUCUCGGGGGGCGGGGGGGGGGGAGGCGAUCGCUCUAUCACUCCUUUAUAAGGACGCCCGUGCUGAAAUCUCUGAAGUUAUAAGCAUAAAAUUUCGACCGUAGUUUCAUUUUAUGAUGUAGAUAUUCUCUAAGAAGGGAUUUUAUUUUAAAUUAACUCCUUUAGGGAGUAAAGUGAAGGAUACUAUUUUUAAAGUAAAACUUCUAGAGGUUUUAACGUAGAGCGACCAUUAUUAUUUUAAACCAUUAGACCGCCAUGGUAUUUCCUAAUUUGUAGGAUUAAUCCUUGUGAAUUAAUAAUCGCUAAAAUUGGGCGAAGCUACUUUUGUAGUAUAACAGAAAUAAUACAAUAGCAUAAUUCAAUAAUUAAUUGACAUAUUUCUUUAUAACGAGGAAUAAUAAUAGCCAUAUACCAUCGUGCUGAUUUGUGUUAGUAUAGUUAUUGAUAACGACCUGAGUACCUGUUAUUAUCGAUAAUAUAUAUCUACAUUUUUUUUCUCUUCAUACAUACGUAAUGUAUACUUAUUUAUAAUGAACAUAUUUAAAAAAAAAAUAAACUGACCUACUUCGCACGAUGGGUGGGCUACUGUUGUAGGUGGGAAAUUGGUAAGGUAGAGAGGAAAUUUAAUUUAUAUCUGUACGCAACGGUUAAUUAUUGCUAACGAAAAACGAUUCUGAGUGGAGGUCGGUUAUAAAAGUUUUGAAGAACUGUGAUAUUUACGAUUUGAAAAUAACACAUUUUUUUUAUAUUUUUCCAUUUUUUCCACGUUUUUUCAAGAUUUUUUUCAUUUAUUAAAAAAAUCCCAGAGAAAAUCAAAAAAUAACUUCCCUGAGUACCAUUCUAGUCAGAUUUCCUUUCAGAAAAAGUGCUACACUUGAAAAUUUCGGUUAGCAAAGGUGUUCACAGAUAAAAAAAAAAAAUAAACAUCAUUGUAAAACUAAUACAUUUCUCGCUCUGCUCAAAAUCGUUCGUAGGGUCUAUACGUAAAUAGUAAAUGCGAUUAUUUAUAAAAUGAUAACAAUAACAUAUUUCCUCAAAUUUAACGAGAGAGUCGCAUCAUUCACGUAAAUGCUGAAUGGCUUUGUUGCUAUAUUAUGCGUGAGAUAAACAGAGAAAAUAAACGUUUUAGUGACAAGGAGGGACUUAAGCAAUCGUUUAAAUUUAAAUUUUUAUUCAAAAUAAUUCGUUCAAUGCUUGCCGAGCAUAUUCACAAACACUUAAAUCCCAUCAAAAAUACGUAUAAUAAUUGUAUUCCAAUUUAAGAGUACCUGCUCAAUAUAUUAUUAUUAUUAUAUAUUUAAUUGUCGCCGUUAUAAUUUUAAAUAUCACAUAGAUUUACCAUUACUUAGUAUAUUUUAAAAUGAAAAUAAAACAUUGUUUAUUAUAACAUAUUUAUUAUGAUUUAUGAUACAUAGGUAUUUUAAUCAUACAUAGUAUAAUAAUUUCAUAAAAAAGACAUUUUUUUAUUUUAGUUUAUCGUUAAAAAAAAAUAAAUAAAAAUUGAUCUAUAACUUUAUUAUACUGCAUUAUUUCACAAAAGUUAAAAAUAACGAAAUUACAAUUAAAUCUGCACGUUUUUCAUCAGUCUAUGUUCGUAAUUAUAUAUAAUAUGUUGCAACUUAUACAGGUCUGUCACCAUCGAGAGGAAAUCAAUUUUUUUGCUAUGGUAAAAUCGAAAAUGACUUACUUAAGAUAAAAUGUAUUGUUUCCCUGCAAAAAUUAUAUAAAGUAAAAAAAAAAAAUCGUUAAGAGCGUUAAUUUGUUUUCUUUUUUUUUUUUUGUCAGUAUAAAGUGAACAGACAAAUUGUUGAUACAGGCAACAAAAUACAUUUGUCGCCCUCCCCUUUCAAAUACGGCCCUGUCUUUAUGGCGUAUAUUAAAGAUAAUAGUUCAUAAUAUAAUAAUUUAACUUAAAUAUAUCUAAUUUAAAAUAAUCUAAUAAAUUGUCUGACAUGUGCAAUUUAUGUAGGCAAUAUACUUUGUAAAAAUUAAGGCCACAAGAGGUGGGGGUGAGGAGGAUAGUCGCAGUAUGAGAAUAUUUUUUUUGUAAUAAUAUAAUAAUUCGAUAUUGAAAACCUGUGUAUAGUAUAUUCAUAUAAUAAUAUUAUUUAAAUCAAAAUUCAAUGUUUCUAUUACUCGAUUUUCCAGUUAUUAUUUAUAACAUUUUACGAUAUAUUACAAGGUUUUAAACGAUGGUUAACUGUCUUGUAACAAUACUUUAAUACUAAUUUACACGGUUGUUUUUAUAAUAUAAUUUCUUAGUUUGAAUAGGAAGUAUGAGUAGUAUUUUUUUAAUUUUUUUUUUUAUGCACGUCUAUUUUACCAAUAAACGCGAUAAAAAUAUCACCUGAUAAAUCGCUUUUUGUUGUCUUUUAUUAACUGUAUAAUAUUAUGUGUUUUAUAAUAUUCGAAUAUAUCGUCAGCUAUCCGUUAACAAAUUUUACAAUAUUAUUAUUAUUUACCGAAUUUAUAUAUUAUUUUUAUAUAAUCUAUACAUAAUAUUAUAUUUUAAUAUAAUUUACAUAAUUAAAAAUAAAAAUAAAUUUAAAAUACUUAAAUUGUUGUUAAAUAAUGCUAGUGCAUAUCGUGUAGCGUUCUAAUAAAAAUUGGCCUUCCUUAACCCUACUUUAAUGCACGCAGGUGUGUAGACAGGUUAAUGUGUUUAUUUUUUAAUUAUUAUUUUAUUUUUUUUUUAAUAUAAUAUAAUAAAUGUACAAUAAUAUAAUUUCUUAAUGAGAUGUGAUGUAGGCUUUGCAGACUUGCUAUUAUUGCGGCUGUUGCAACGCGAUUUUAUUGUUUCCUUUUGCAAACUUUACCGUGCUCGUAUAUAAUAUCACUUUUUAGCUCAUACCUAUAUAUUAUAGUAUGUAUAACACACUCGAUAUAAUUAUUUUUUAAUGAACAUCAUUAGUUCAUCGGGUCAAAAUUAAGUAUUUAAUAAUAUUAUAUGUACAUAUAUUUAUAGAUGUAAGUAUUAUAAGUAUAUAGGUAGUAUAUCUACUGGAGAUAAGGCGUUAGCGAGUUAAAAACAUUUUUUUUUUUCGGGUUAGAGGCUAACAGGUAAAAUAAUAUGGUCUAAAGAUAAUCUAGAUAUACUCAAUAUGAUAUUAUAAUAUUGUAUUACAUUAUAUGUAUAUGGAUAUACUAAUAAUAAUUUUAAACUAAAUUGUUAAUUUGUAUUUAUUUCGAAAUACAUAAUAUUAUGGCAUUUUUUUAUAUAUAUAUAUAUAUACGUGUGGUGAACAAUUUUUGUCGAAACCUAAUAAUUUAUAACUGUCGUGUAUGUGAGUUAAAAUCUUUUCCAAUUGAACGGUAAUUUUAAAUUUUUUUUUAACACAGCGACUAUAUUGAUUCUAUUAUGUGUGCAAUUUUUUUAUUGUCUGAACAACUUUUUUUACAAAAUGUUUGAUUCAAUCAAAAAACGAAAAAAGAACUUUUAGGUAGCAUUUUGGAUCCUUGUAUUUUUCAUAAUAAUUGAGAAUAAAAAUAUUGAAUAACUGGACAAUUUGAUGUCGAUAAAAGUUUUUUAUUUUAAAUCUGUUCGAUAUAAUUUUUUUACCACAUAUCUUGCUCCGAAUUUUAAUAGCAGUAUAUUAAAUGAAAGACAAUUUUAUCUAGUUGGUGUUUAGGAUGAUCAUUUUUUGAUUUUCCAAUGCGUUUUAGAAAUAAUUGAGAAAAACCUGAAAGAGUUGUUAAAAGCAAUUGUAGAGCCCUGUCAUUUUCACAAAAUUUGUAAGCUAUUUAUAGGCAUUUGAUAUUUUUGAACUUUGGGCUAAAAAUAUUUUCAUUGCAUACAAAAAACAGUCGAGUUUUAUGUAGUAAUUUUUGUAUUUUUAGUAGUUUAUAUUUCAACGAAAAAUUCAAAACACGAAUAACCGAACUUCGCUCAGAACUCUGCCAACAUCCAACUUAUUACCAUGCACUUAUCAGCAGUAUCAGACUUUUUCUUUUAGAAUUAUCGAUGCAUUAUGUAUCUUGAUUGAAUUAUACGUAUAUACUAUAGUAAGGAUUGGUUCCGAAUUUCGUGUCCGACAUCGGCAAUCUGUAUAAUAUACAUUUCUCACCAAAUUAUCGCGCGCAACGGACUGCUGCAAUUAAUAAUAAUUAUUGCCCAUUAAUUGCCCGUUAUAACAGUGCAUUUGCAUCACGCAAGCCAAUCGUUUUUUAACGAUUUGGAUUUUCCGAAUAAAUAUUAAAGUAUACAAAUUCCAUUUUUAUUGUUAAUCUUGGUUUGUAACAAUAGCCAAAGUAGUAAAUUCCUAGAAACAUCGAGUGUUUAAAUACGUCGUCUAAAGACACGGUUGAAAACACAAUGGAAAAUGGAAGAUCGAUGGGUAAUAUUUAGGUUGAUUCAUCGACAAAGGUAUGCCAAUAAAGAUUUCUUUACAAAAGCUAAUAAAAGAAACUGUUGAAAAGUUUAGAUUGAUUUCCAGGCCGCCGGCGUUUAAAUGUAUAAACUUGUUUUGUUGUGAACCGCAACCACAUCGAUGAGUAACGAUUUCACAUUAUAUUAUAGUUUCGGGGUGCGGCCUGUCCGCGGUGUUGAAGUGGGCGGUUUAAAUUAUUGACACCGAAAGUGUUUUGCACCUAACCUAUUAGUGGGAUAAUAUCCGCUGGCGUGUGUAACAGCCGUACGACAAAAACAAAUUUGGACAAAAUCACGUCGUAUACGGUGUUUACUGUUGACGCCGAUGUAGAGCGCAGUCGUGUUACCGGGCGAGUGGAGACGGCCGGACAGACGUCCGCUUCCCUCCUCCCCCGACCACGGACGAGUUUAUCAACCGGAGUGUUUUCGAAACAUUUUAACGUGUAAUUGAAUGAAAACAUCGAUUAUCGAGUCGGACAUGAGAUAAUAAUAAUGUGAUGACGGAGUAACGCGCCCGCCCCCCGUGUCCCCAACCCCACCCGGCCUCAAAAAUCCAAACGCGCCUGUGACGUAGAGGAGAGCGGAUAUUUUUCUCAAUAGAGCAAUUUGUCGGUGCGAGAUUUAUUUUUGCCGACGACGAGGCGACGGGUAAAUAGGUAUAAAAUACAAUAACGAGCGGUCGUAAAUAAUAUUAUAAGGCUCGUAGCGCAUAUUUUCAUGCGAUUGCAACUUGUUCGUGUAUGUAACGCCGCCGCCGCCGCCGCCCGGUAGUCGUACAGUGACUAUGACGUAGCCGACGACGGUCGGCGUAUAACUCUAUUUCUGAACGGUUCUAAAAUUAGCGGCCCGCUUUGUAAAAAAUUUUCUCCAACAAUCAAAACAAGGCCACACGAUCGCCUUGAGCGCGGAACUUUUUGUCACAGCGUUAGAAUUUUUUUUUCAAUUUUUUUUUUUUUUUUUAUAUCUACACAUAAUAAUACUAUAAUAAUAAUAAUAAUAAUAAUGUAUACAAGUAAUGUUUUGCGGUGUUUACUGCGGCGCCGGUACGGGUUAACGCAACAGCAGCAGCAGCAGCAGCAGCUAUAUUAUAACGUGCGCGUACCGUUUUUCGGGCCACCGAAUUACCGAUUAUCGAUUAUUUAAAAUCGAAAACCGUUAAAAAAAAAAACAAUAUAAUUAAUAAAUCCGUUUGAAUUGUUAUAACAGUAUAACGAACUUGGGCCGCGGGUAGCUGGUAUACGCACGUAUACGGAAACAUCUUUUGACAAUGAUGGAUAUAUUUAUAAAUCUCGAUAUUCCGUCUGUCACGGUCUGUUUGGCAAUAAUAUAUGCAUAUUAUAAUUAUUAUUAUUCAAUAUAAUAACGAGUCCGAAUUUUUAUCACGACGACGGUGUUUAUCAUCGAAAGUAUAUAUAUAUAUAUAUAUAUAUAGAAUAAAAAAUACAAUAGUAUAAAUACGUUACAUGUAUAUUGUAAUAAUAAUGAUAUUCUGUCACAAAUCAGCUGCGGUACAAUAAUAUCAAACUUAAUUGUAUUAUUUAUUUACGAAAAAAAAAAAAAAAAAACAAUAAUGAGCUUGACGAGCGACGGGGUUUAAAAAUAACGAUAUUACCCAUAUGAUAAUCAUAAUAUUUUAUUUGACGGGUCGGUGAUUUUUUGAAUUUCUCAGUAGUAAAAAAAUAUACUUAUACCUAUAUCUGUAUUCGAUUUGAAACUAUUGAAACAAACAAAAACUUGUGUUAAUUAUUGUUUACUUAAUAUUUUUAAAAAUCUUAAUCUCUUUGAUAUUGGAAUAUGAGCGCAGUCGAUAUUUUUUUUAUUUUAUUUUAAAAAGACGAGCCGGCCCUUUUGGGUCAAUAUGAACCAAGAUUAUUAUACUGAUCAGUGUAUAAUAUAUAAGCUAAGUAUAUACCUACAGUAAACCUGCAAUGAGGUAUUAUAGAAUGAAUAAGUAACCGAUUAAAUAAUAAAUUUUCAAAGGAUUGGAAUCGGUGAUUUUCUGUGUUUGUCAUAUACACGUGCGACAGGAAUUUAGACAUGAUCUAUUUUCAACGUACCGAUUAAUCUAGUCAAGCGAAGUAAAUUUUAAAUACGGAUUUAUAUUUUUGAAAUCGACUUACUGAAAUUUCGAUUUUGUCCCCUAAAUCGUAAUAAAGUAAUUAUAUAAUAAUAUAUUAUUAUAUUAUUAUUAUUAUUAUUAUCCUAAUUAUAUAUAUAUAUAUAUAAAAAAAAAAAAAUAAUAUUUUUAUAUUUAAGAGAAAUAAAAAAUGUGGGAAGAUAAUCUCAAGUAUAGACUUGAUUCAAAUCUGCCUUCUGAAUUUUUAUAGCUUCUCUAGACCGACAGGUACGGUGGAAAUAUAAAACGCCUAAAUUAGUAAAUAUGUUGCAUGUAAAUAGAACAAAGAAAAAAAAAAACACCGUUUCAAAUCCCCUUAAUAUAUGAAAAUAACACAAAAUAAGUACCCAAUAUACAAAUAUAAUAAAAUAUAUACGUAUAUUAUGUAUAAAUUAUUUUAAAUCAAAUAUCAUAUUAUUUUUGCCGUAAUAAUUACGAUUAUUAUCACGAUAAAUAAAAUAAAUGUAAUAUUUUGUAUUCGUAUGUUACACACUUAAAAUUAAUAAUUUAUAAUAACCAAGGUAUUAAGUUAAUCAAAAUACAUUGAAAUAUACUAUAUUAUUAUUAUUAUUAUUAUACGUACAAUUGUACGUAUGUGUGUAAUCGUCUCUUGCACCGGUCGGCGUUUCGUUCAAUGUACAUAAAAACAAACCAGAGGACUUUAUCUUAGGUCAUAUUACCUAACUUUUUAAAACAUUUUUUUUUUUUUCUAAAUGUAUUUGAUGUUUCUAUAAUUAUGUAUGCGUACGAUAAAGUAUUGGUGUGUACCUACCUCUUGUAUAUAUCAAAAACAUAACGCUUUAAAGAUAAUGAAUAUAAUAUUAUAUUUAAUAUAAUAUUACGGCUUUUCAAAAUGAGUAUAAUCGAACUUCGCUCCGAAUAAUUUUUCGUUUGUAAUGGUUUAUCGGUGGUUACUGGUAUAAAUCAAAUAACUUUAUGUAUCCCAUCUUUCCAACUAUCCACCUAUAAGAGUGACCGCGCCCGUCUCCAGUAACAGCUCUUUCUUAAUACUUAUACCUAUAUUUAUUAUUUUUUAUAAAUGUUCAAAUUUUAUUAUACUUACCGGGUUACUUGAUAUUAUAUAUUUUUUUAAAUAAUUUUCCAUUCGUUACAUAUUUCAAACUCCGAUUGUAGCGUAGAAGCUAUACUUUUAGUAAUAUGUUAUCGGAAAACAUUGUUUUAGAGAGUAAAUUAUGUUGAUUUUUUUUUUUCACGUUUUCGUUAAUUUGUGAAUUAAAUUGCGUGUCUAAUAGAGGAAAAACACGACUAAUAACCGGUAUAUAACCUUACCGUUCAAAAUCGUAUUAUUAUUAUUAUCGUUUUUCCUUACAAUUAUAUUUGUUGUUGUUUUCAAUAAAUGCAUAAACUUUAUCGUGUAUAAAAUACUUCCCCAACUUCUCACUUACAACAGUGCAUUUGUGUAUAAAGUUUUUUUUUAUUUCUAAAGGAAAAUGUUUGACUUUAAUAAAUAACUAUAACAUUGUUUUAAACUAGAUACAUAAUGAUAAAUUGUUCUUUUAGUUUCGUUUAUCAUAAUAAUUGAUUAGGCACGCAUGUUUUAUAUUAACGAGUAAAUAUUAGGCAGUAAGUAAGAAAUACUUAAAGCGAAAGAACAAUAUACUACAAUAUAAUAGGUUUUUACUUACUGUGUAUACAGGUUAAGUUAAUUCUAUUACAUCCACCUACAAUCAAAAUACAUAAAUCAUUAGUUAAUGAAAUGGGUGUAUAUAUAACACUUUAUUAUAAAGUUUUCCAUACCGUGUUAAAACAAAAACAAUUAAAAUUGAAUAAUAUGUCGUUAACAAGAGUUAUAUUUUCGACAAUACUCUUAAUAUCCAGGGACUGUUACGGUUAAUAAUAAAUGUUAUUUGAGUGUAUUAGAAUAAUAAUAUAUUAUCACUAUUAUAUUAUACAUACUAUUUUGUACUUUCUAAUAAAUUCAUAUUAAUUCACAAUGUGUAUGUACAGACAUUAAACAUUUACCGCACACACGCAUUGGAGGAAAAAAUUGGCGAGUUAAACUGCUAGAAAAUGGAUUAGAGUGACCAUUUCGUGAGAUAUUUUGUAUUUUACAGCGAGUAGAAAAGCAGUGUUUCUAUAAUAUCACUAAACUGAUGGUUUUAUAAAAAAUAAAAUCGCGAGCACUUAUUAAAGUUGAAUUUUCCUCCUUCUCUUUAUAUUAUAAAAAUAUGUUUUGUAAAACAAUAAAUAACCGAAUACUAUACUACAAUACGAUAUUAUAUACUAUAGUGUACUAUAAUAAUUAUAAUACUACUUCCCAAUGAGUCGUGAAAUUUAAGCAUAAAAAUGGCAGGGGAUGAGUUUAAAAGUUUACAAAAUUUCAUCUUCCUAGUUUCAUUUGGGUAGUCCUGUAGUGGUGUUCAAAGUUAAAAAUAUCAAUAAUAUAGUAAAAUACUUAAACCUAUAAAACAACUCUCAUACCCGAGUUAUAUCUCAUUCGAUCUGGAAUGAGCCACUAAGUAUACAAAACUAGGGAGAAAUAUAUAAGAGUAAAAGUGUAGUGGAAUGACUGCUAUUUUCGAGGACAUUUGACAAAAAAUAAUUACGAUUCCUCUCCAAAUUUUAACCGCCCAAAAACAAACUUACCGUCGAAAUUUUCUUUCCAAAUGGUCAGCUCGUAUAAUUGAAGGAGAUUCGAUAAUUUGGUAUAAUAAUUUUAGAGGAGCUCCCUCCAUACGUAUGUCGAAAUAAUUACACUUUAACUCGUCAUGAUGAAAAAGUUAUUUUCUGUGGCUAAAAUAUUAUUAAUAUUGUUAUAAACAGGUCGGCCUAUUAUUACUUAAUAGUUUAUUAUCGUUUAUGAAAAUCGAAACCUAUAAUCGGUAUGAUAGAUUCGAAAUUCGGACCUGUUUUAGUGAACGCGUAAUGCGAUUACAUACAUUAUAUUCUAUUAGUAAAAUAUCGUGUUUACGAUCGUGUUCUUAAAACGUGAUAUACAAGUAUUUUUGAAUGAAAACGAAUCAGUGAAGUUAGAUACUAGAAAGGUAUAAAGAAAAAAACGGCCGUGUACGCGCAGGUUAUAGAAUAUUAUAAUAAAUAAUAAUUAUUAAAUUUCCCCGCGUUAAAACUUAAAACGGAGUGUUAAAAAUAUUUAAGUCAUUAAAUAGUCGUUAUGUUUACGAUCACAAGAUUUCAAUAUUUCUUCCAAACAUUUGAUGAAUGCUUAAAAACUUAUUCGAAUAUUUGUAUAGAAAAUGGUCUGGAGUUUGGAGAAAUAUUUGAUUGUGAUGUAAUCCAGACUGAUGGUUUUCGGCCAAAAUUAUUUGUUCACCGAACCAAAAUACCAUCAGUACCUCACUCGAAGUGUGCCAAAUCUAUAAAUUGAAAAAAUCAGAUGAAAAAAUUAUUUUAGAUUCUUAGUGAAAAAAGCAAAAAAACGAUUAUACGAGUAAGUGUGUUCCAUCUUACUACAAUCGUUUACACUACUCCCGGUUAAACAUACCGCACACUAUGGGUAUACUUGCGGUAUUAUAAUAUGGAGUGGAACAUAAUAUUGAAAUUUUGUCUGUUUAUUUGAUAACAGUUAUCAUAUUAAAUAGCGCUGAUUACGUACGACGGCUAUAGAUAGUACUAUUGCUAUACUAUAUCUACAACCUCGUCACUUAAAAAAUACUUAUUAAAGUUCUGGAUUACAUGGUUGCAGGAUGAAAAACGAGACUACUUAACACGAUGAAUAUGAUUAUCUAAUCUUAUUUAUUAACCAAGCUUCGCUCAGAAUCGUUUUUGUAUAAUUAUAUGUGUACAUUUUAGCCACUUGUAUUUAAAAAAACCGUAAUAUAUUUACAAGUUUUCUGAAAUCCUAUAAUUUCUAAUUGAAAAUCAUUCCAGACCCAAUUGACUUGUACGUUUUAACGUCGAAAAGAUUUAAGUAUCAGGAUGUGGAUCAUUAUUAGUAUACGUUGUCGUUGCACACAUAAUUAUUUUAUUUUUCGGUGUAGCCAAUAGCUGCUGAUGAUAUGUCCAAUACCUACGCAUAAUUUUUACAGGAUCGGAUCGCCGGCCGCCGCCGAUGCCGUAGCCAAUACAAAUAAAACUAAAGCAAAAAUCUUUUGGACGACGCUCAGAAAUUAAAAUAUUUUUGCUUCGAAGAUGUGUUUUUGUUUACGUUGAUUCGUUUAUGGUAUAUUUUUGUACCUAGUAAAAGAUCAAAAUUUUAUCGUAUACCUUUAUUGUAUUUGUAUUAUUUAAUUUACUUUGACUGUGAAUUUAUAGCAAAUGUAUUCAUUUUUUAAGCUUAUAUUUCACAAUUCGAGUUAGGUGUUUAAUAUUAUGUAACUAAUAGAACUUAAAAGCUUUAUGAGUUGAAUUUAAAAUUAAAUUUUCGAAUUUUUUUUUUUGUUUUUCCAUUUAUUUUUGCAGUACACGUAAUUUUUUAUAGAUAGGGAGGAUAAAUAGAAAAAAAAAUUUUUAAAAUCUACAUAGGAAUUGUGUACAUAAUGUAAAAAAUUAAAAAGGUCUAUAGGAGGAUCAGAUCCUUUAUUUUAGGUAUCUCUCCCGCUAAUUUUGGACACUUUUAGGGAUUUCCUCUGGACUUAAUAACUUUAAACUCGGAGAUUAUAGAUAUCUUAUAGUUGACGAAAUAAAGUGAUAAGAUUUUGAUUGAAUUUCAUCAUGUUGCGAAAGGAGUGUUUUUUUAACUUUGUACACUCCUAAAGACCCUUCUACACUAAAUUAAGCUUGGUGGAUGGAAUUUUAUAUAAACCGGGUGUAAGUAUCAACGACGUGCUUGUUGGGUGUGUCAACUUUUAACCCCAUAUCCUUAUCAUUUUAAUGGGCAAAUUUCAUUAUUAUUUUGGAUGUACCCUAGCAUAAUUAUUGUAGUAUCUAUAGUAAUUAUUGAAAAUGAUAUUCCUAUAUUAGGUACAAAAUAGGUGAACAAAAUUCGACUCUAAUAGUGACGGAAUUCUAGCUGCUCUCAGGUGUUUGUUUAUUAUUACUUAUUAUUAUUAUUAAUUUAUACUUAUGUUUAUUUCAAAACGAAAAUUUGAUUAAUUAUUAGCGUUUGUUAUACCUAAUCAUAGUCCGAUAAGGUCUAUAUACUAAGGUUAUAAGACCGAAACGAUAUAUUAUUAAAGUCUAAAAAUCGUUAAUAGUUGAUAAAACUAUAUUUUACCAAUUUGUAUGUUAAAUAUAUUUAUAUUUGUUUUAGGGAAUAAUUACAUAUUGCAAUAUAUUUUAUCUUAUUUUAAAAUCUAUAUCAUAUAGUUCGUUCGUUAAAAAUAUAAUAUUGUUGUUAACCGUUACGCGAUAUAAUAGUGUAAUGUAUUAAAAAAAUAUUAUCUUUUUACUGUUGUUAUCUAUAUGAUCUAUAUGGACCUAUAAUGCUUUACUUAUAAAUAUAAUAAUAUAUUAUUAUCUUCUUUUCUUUAAUCAUAAUAAUAAUACAUUAUUGUAUUAUAAUUUUCCGGAUGUAUUGCGAGGAAAAAAAUAAAUCAAUAAUUCGGUACAGACAAAACAGGAAAGAACGAAUACAAUGUGCGCGUAGAAUUGUGUAAAUAAAUUAUCUAUAUUGUAUAGGCGCGGGAAUAGAAAUAUUAUUUUCUCUCGUUAAAUAAUCACAAAACGAAUAUGGCAAAUAUAUUAGUCCGGUUAUUGUAUACCUAGUCAAAACGUCUUGUUUUAAAAUUUAUAUAUAUUCUUUUUUUCACGGUUGCCAAUAUUUUUUUUAGACUUUAGUGACGUAGAUAUAGUACCUAUUGAUUUUAUUUAUGGAGAAUGUAUGUAUGUGAACAAAUUGUCGAUUUUAUCUUUUGAUAACUUACUUCGAUCGAAAACUCAUAAAGUUGUAUAUACUUUGUAGAUGCCGUUAUUUCCGAAAUUCGUAUUCUACUUUCCUAUAAUAAUAAUAAGGAAAACGGGGACUAAUGGUAUUACCUACAAACUUUAUUAUUAUUUUUUUUUAAAUCGAUUUUCUUUUAAGUUAUUAACAAUCAGUAAAAAAUAUAGUCGUAGAGAUCUGAACACUUUUAACCGUAUACUCAGUGGUUAAAGUUGAGUGAAGGGGUGAGAAACGGAGUCUUAUUUAAAGUAAAAUCAACUGUCUUCUUUAGUUUAAGUCCUUGAAGUCCGGGGCGACGCUUUAGCUAUUGUCACUGAGACAUUUGUAAUGAAAUUUUUAAAACACGAAUACAUUUUAUUAAAAAUAAAUUAUUUAAUACCUAUUCGAUUAUAUGUAUACCUAAUCUGAUUCUGUUUUAUUUUAUUUAGCAAAAAAAGGCGUAUGAUAAAAUGUGUAUAAUUAUUAUUUAGAUUUAUAAAAAUUUUAUUAAAAAAAUAAUUUGAAAAAUAUUUUGAAAAUCUUAUCUCCAUAAUGGGUUUCCUGAAAGUUUGGUUGGAUUUAGUUAGCUUUUGAGAACGUUCUUUAGUUUUUGUUAAAUAUGGUCCUCUUCGAAAUUUUGCCCACAUUAAUCACUGUGGUAUAAUUUUGUUAUAGCGGUUUCUAUUUUACUGUAUUUGUGUAUACUGUACACUGAUGUAUACUCUUUGCUUACAGUCAUCUGCCAGUGCAGUAGAAUAGUAGAUUACGCAAAUUCCAUGUAACAGUAUUUUAGUACUAUAUUACAAAUGACACCGUAAAUUUGACCAUAAACCUAUUCUCUAUGGAAUGCGAAUUCAACCUCCGCUCGUCUACUAGGUAGACGCAACUAGGUAUUGACUAAGCGUAAUAGAAAUAACGAAUGGUUCAUCUAAAGCACGAGAUACACAGGGCUGGAAACAAUAUGAUUGGUGGGUGUAGGGUAUACGUUCACUUUAAUGUUGAUGCUAUCUAGAUUUCCAAUAUAAGCAACUAAUAGGUAUUUUUUCGAACAAACAGUUGUUACAUUUAAGGUAUAGGCGUGGCAUUUACAAUCAUAUCUAGUAACCGUAUCGAUAUAACUGGAUCAUUCAUGGCGAUCAACAAAAAUAAUAAUAUUAAAAUGUAAUAAUUUAAAGAGUGACUGCAACUCCCAACAGGCGCUAGCGUUGUUAUUUGAUUUCAAUAUUCGUAUCCAGUUUUGAGUAUCUUAAUUAGUUAUCCAAAGAGAAUAUAAGAAUGUAUUGUUAUGUUUUAAUAUAGAUAACAAUACAUUCUUAUAUUCUCUUUUGUUUUAACAUAGAUAAAUUACGUGUGAUUAGUUAAUAAUUUGGAAUAAUAAUUUUAAAUUUCUAUCGACAGUUUAACAUAUUUGUAGAUUUUUCCCCCAUGAUAAGUCCAUCCGAUAGUUCUGUUUCUUUUGCUCAAUAUCGACCCGUGUUUUCUCUCUCUAAACGCAAUCCAUAAUUAUUAGAUCUAUGAGUUUGACGGUGUAACUAUGUAUAGGUUAUGUUUUAUACGUGUUUUGUGUGUGAUCUGUACUUAGGUUGAUAACUAUCAAAAUUAAAAGUUGUUACCAAAUUAACGAUAUAUUACGAUAAUACGAAAACUAUAUUCCACGUCUUCGUAUUAGAAGCGUUGCAUAAACAGUAGGGGGACCAAGAAUAAAAAAAAAAAAGAAAAAAACCCUUGACUACCCUAAUAGACAACUAAAGUAUUAGAUCAUCUAUGUUGGUCUUGACCAAAACGACCGUACCGAGUAGGAUCGUUGACGGCCGUAUACGUUAUAAGAUAACUCGUUCUUAUGUUAAAUCGAGAAAAAAAAAACGUAUGACACAACGUUUUAUGAACUAAUUAUUAGGACCGUGAUAAGAGCUGAACCCGAUACCACAAUAAAAUCGAUUGUUUUGUUGACAUAUAAGAAAAAACCCGAUUUUAUUCAUAAAGCCGGUUUUAUUCAAUUAAACCGCAUAUUAUUCGAGCGUCCUUAAAUUAAAAGUGGUUUAUCUUAUUUAAACCAUUUUAAGUUGUUUACACGAUACAUGACUAGGUAAAUCGCUUUAAUUUUAAAACUAUCUAAACGUAGUAAAUUUCUAGUUUGUGCUGCGGAUACUUGGCUGUUUAGGCCACGUGCCUAACAUAAUGCACUCGUGCAGUAUGAUACACCGACCGCGUGUUGGACAACGUUGUUAGUAAUUAUUAUGAUUCCAAAACAGGUUAUAAUUUGAAAAUGUUUGUUUUCUUUUUUUUCGAAUUGUUUAUUUUAUACUAGAUGUACCAAUACUCUAUAGGUAUUUGAAAUUAUUUAGUAUUAUUAUGUAAAUAUUAUGUACACUAGUCACUAGGUAUAGGAUUUCGGUCUCGUAUAAUCGUUAGAGUAUUCGCUGAUACAACGAUCGUAAUUAUUGUUAAUAGUGUUCUUAUAAUAUUAUAUGUUAUAUCACUGGAAAAAUAAUUUUUUAGAGCAAUAAUUGUCGCCGUUCAUGAUUUUUUUCUGUUACAAGUACAACCGCCGCAACGUGAAAACCUCCGAAACUCGUUCUUUUUUAUACCGUCACAAAAUUCGUUAUCUAUAAAUUAUAUAUUUAUAAACAGAACGUAGUGGUUUUUUUUUUUUUUUUUUGCGCCGAAAUACGAAUGAUUCUCCGACGAUUUCGGUGACAUGCGAAAUUCCCGACGGCCUAGAACAUCAUACAUAUUAUAAUAUACCUAUUAUCUAUUCAUAAACUCGUAAUUAUAUCGUCUUUUCGCAAACUAAAAAUGCGCAGUCACCGAGCGAUGGUUUUUUUUUCUGUACAUAAUUUAUUCACGGGCGAGAUAACGCACAGUUUAGUAACAUCAGACACGCAUCGUAAAAAGCUCGUUGCAUUAGGUACGAAUAUCUUUUCGGCAAUAAUCGCUGUCAAAAAAAAAAAAAAAAAAAGCCGUAACAAUUUUACAUAAACUCGUACUCAAAACCGAAAAACCGUCAGCUUUUUUUAAAAUAAAAGUAUGUCAGAAAAUUCAAUCCAUUUAAAUGGUAAUUUUCGCACUUUACGCCGCCGCCGUGCCGUGUAAACGUGCGGUUGUCAUAACCGUUUAUGCGCAAAUUUAAUUCACUCGGCGGUGCAUGACGACCCGCACUUAUAUUGGUAAACGCCUGGGCGGGUUCGGAGUUUGUAUAGUAGGAAAAAUUUGUUGUUUUUUCUUCUUCUUCUUCUCGCGACCACGUCAAAACCGAAAAUCAUCCCGUCGCCGUGAUAUUUUCGUGAUCGUCCUCUCCCCCUCUCCCCUCUGGCCUUCGGCCGUGUGGCGGCGUACAAUUUCGGAAACGGAUUUGUUUAUGGAAAUGCACGUCGCGCUAUUUUUAAAAUUACGACAUCUUUAACGCUGUGAUAGUGUUUAUACGUACGAUUACGUACGCGGCGCGUGCACAUCACGUAAGUUUGAACUAUACGUCUCCAGGCGUCUACCGGUAAUAGAUAAAAUAAGAGCGUAAGAAAAAAAAUAGCAAAAAAAAAAAAAUAAAAAAAUUUACGUAUUAUGUAAAGGUAUAAUAUUAUAAUGUGUAUAUAGAUAGAUAGGUAUAGUAAUAAUCAUAGUCAUUAUCAAACACAAUAUUAUAAUCGUUACGCUCAAGAAUAAAUUCGAUUAUAUUUCGUGUGUCGUCGGUGUGUAGAAUAUACGACGCGUUACUCUUAUUUUCGAAAAUCGAACCGAAUAUUAUUACCGAUUGAACCAAUUUUAUCGUAACAAAAUUAAUUUAUUAUAUUUGCAUUGGCACAGCAACUGUAUACGACGACUGUUGAACGGUAAAUUGCGAAAGGAUUAACACUUUUUUUUUAAAUUCGAUCUGUAAACCGGACAAAAUAAAUACGAAACUGCGAUAAGACGCGUAUUAUGCUAACUGCGAUAAUGUUCGAACGACAUAAUAUAGGAGGUAUAUAUUCAACAGUAUAAUAUAAUAAAAUGAUUUAAAAUAUUCAUUUAUAAAUAAUGAGCCGUCCGUAGUAUUAUCUUCUAUCGGAUAUCAAUAUCACGAGUAUCACGAUCAAUAUCAAAAGUCAUAAGUCUAAAUAACUGUCACCGAUUCUAAACGGUACAUCGAGUAUAAUAUAGGUACUAUAAAUUCAAGGUAUCGGUUUUAAAAUUAUGAUAAUUAUUUUGAUGUUAGAUGUCAGUGAAAACAGAGUGCGCAAAAUAAUUUUUUACAAUACAUUAUACUGUUUUAAAAUAAAUUGUCGCAAUCAGUAUUAUGUACUUUAUCGGUUUUAUCGCAGUUUAUAUUUUCUUUUGUUCGUAGUUUACAUUCUCGACCAUAGAUUACACUUUUUUUUCAACAAAUCGUCUUUUAUAGAUCACCUUUUUCCCCCCAUAGAUUACUAAUUUUUUUCAUAAAACAUUCCUUUUUUACCAUAGAUCACCCUAUAGACCAGUUUUUAUAUAAUCUAUGUUAUUUCAAGAAUCAUUUCGUGUGAAACUAUUUCAGUAAUAUAUCAGUAUAAUUAAAGUACAAUGUGUAGUAAAUCUGUUGAAAUUUGUUGAAAUAAUAAUUUUUCGUACCAGUUUCAAGCCUGCAGUAAUCACGAAUAUAUUUUUCGAGAUUAUUUAAACAGUUGUAAGUAAUUCGGUAUAACUAUAUUAUUGUAAAUUAUUAAAAUAAAUUGCUGUUAAAAUCGUUCUUAAUAAAUCUAGAAACCCGUGUCAUCAAAAUCACUACAAGAAUAAUAAUUUUUAGUUUUUUUCCUUUUAUUUAAAUUCUAUUUGACGAAUAUGGUAUUCUGUUCGACCUUAAAAUUCAGGGUUCAUCAUUUUAUGUAUAUUCUUUUUAUUAUAAGUGUUUAAAGACUAAUAUUAUAGGUCUAUACAAUGCAGGCUAUAUAAUGAAACAAUAAUCAAAAUCAAUAAAAAAUAAACGAUAGGAUUCUCGGCGACUAAUUUGCACGUUAAUAUACGCUUUGAGUACUGCAGACUGUGACGCUUAUGUGUGAUAAUAAAUUAUGUGUGUUUACUCGUAAAGAAAAUUAUAUAUAUUUAAUAAACAUUUUUUUUUUAAAAAUAGGCAUUAAGUAGCAUUUGCUGGCUUUGCCUUUCUGACGAACGUAAUAUUGUAAAAAUGUGUUCACGCAAAACACACGAAAAAACCUUUAAAAUCGUGGUUUUAGAGAUAAAACGUUUGUAGACGAUGAGGUCCAUGUCGGUGUGUAUUUUUUCUAUAAUCCCUUGUGGAAAUAGGACUGUACCUAUGUAGAAUCGACAAAUGUGAGGACAUGCACUGUGAGAACACAUGCAUAUUUUGUUGUCUCUGACGUAUACAAAUGCACGACCUAGUAAAUUUGCAUUCGGCCGAAUCAAUUUUGAGUUUUUGUUUUUAAUAUUAGAGCGAAUUGUUGUCAAAUUUAAAGGUAAGCACAUUAUCUGUGUUUGUACGUUUUAGUUUUGGCUUAAGCUCUUUUUUAAGUUGCAUUAUUCCACACACUCGUGUGUCGCUUGAAAAUUAAAAUAACGUUAAAACAAUCGACGAGCAAACACAAAUGCAAUGUCUUUUUAUGUUUGAUAACAGGUCGAUUCACUGAAAUGUCAAAACCAACAAACCAAAAUCAGUUCUGCUGUACCUUUCCAAAUUUGUUAAAAAGUGCUGUUUAAAGACGUUUUUUAAAACUGUUUUUAAGACUGAAACAAUAAACGUAUGACGUGCAGCGUUCUCUUUUAACCAGACCGGUCUGCGAUCAUUAGAUUAUUCGCACUUUUGUAAACGCGUUUUACGUAAUAAAAAAAAAAAAAUGUUCUCAUGAUGUUUAUUUUUUUGAUCUGUUUUCCGAACGAUUAUGAUAUUUAUAUAUGAUACGGUAUUGCAUAGGUGUUACGCAACGGGAACGUAUAUAAUAUUAUUACAUAUUCGUUUAUCAAAAUGUAAUUUCAACUAUAGGUCUAAAAUUAUCUACCGUGCAUCUUUUUACGGGCAGCGAAAAAAAAAAACUAAAAAAAUCGAAAUAAUGAUCUAAUAUAUAAAGUAUUAAGUAUAGUACAAUGGUAUGUAUAGUACACAGUCACUGUGGUGAAAUACAUGAUAAUAUCAUCGCGUUAUCUGUCUGUGUCGAUCUAAUAUAUUAUAGCAAAAAUAUGUUUUCGUACUUCCAAUAGUACUGGACCGUAUAAUAAAAUAUAGACCCGCAACAAUAAUUGUUCCAUCAAAUCAAAAACAUUUACUAUGCUAAAUCACUUGGGAAAUUUUUUUUUUUUAUAUCGGGACUUCAAACCUAAAAAAAACAAAAAUUAUUGUUUCCUUAAUAGUAGAUUGUCCGGUGAAUGUAACGAGAAUGUCUAGUGUAGUAAAUGUCACCGGAUUUAAUUCGGUGGAAUAAUCUUCGAUUUGGAUCCCCCGAAUCCCUGGAAAACGCAUUUUUACUAUAUCGCUCGUUAGACAGACAGAACCGGUGAAUGUACAUUACCGUGACGUCCUCUUAAUGCGCUUAUUGAUGGUACCAAUUAUUUUGAUGUAAAUUCUAACGCGGAUAUAAAAUAUUAUGAAAUCAGAAAUAUAAUACGGGGAGGAGAGGGGGGAUAAGCCUUGACGUAAAUACUGUUGCAGUUGUUAUUGUUAUUUUUACGUGAAAAAAUACGAGUAGACAACAUUAAAAAAAAAAAAAAAAAAAACAAUUGUAUCAUAUAUAUUCUCCGGGGAUUAUCGUUGACUUUUUAUUUUUCUUUUAAAAACCAAAAGUUAUUAUUAUUAGCAGUAGUAGUAGUAGUAAUAGUAAUAGUAAUAGUAGUAGUAGUAGUAGAAGUAGUAGUAGUAAUAGUAUUAUUAGUAUAAUGCAGCACCGCAUAGAAUUGUGCUGCUGUUGCAAUAAACCAUACAGUAUUAUAUUCAAACGUUUAUCUGAUCGGUAGUUUUCGAACAUCACGUGAAUCGUUUAUGAUUAUAAUAAUAUUAUUAUGUACCUAUGUAUAUUGUUAUAACACAUACGUUCGCGGUGAUAACAAAAUUGACAAAAUAUAAAUGUUCUCAUACAAUAUAAAUUAUGAUAAGUAUACAAUAAUAAUCGAGCCGGUAAGCGAGCGUUCGCAAUGGUGGUCACUCUGCGGGGCAAACAGCUGUCGAGUGGUCUAGCGUAGACUCGAAUAAUAUUAUUCAGUUGCAUGCUAGCUGCCAGUAAAAAAAAUUUUUUUUUAAGUUUCGUGUGAUCUCUCUUGUACGCUUUUUUUUGAAAAAAAAAAAAAAAAACGAAUAGCAUAUUAUAUUAAAUUAUUAUUAAAUUGUUAUUAGUUUCGAUUCGUUUCGUUUCGUUUUUUUUUUUUUUAAUUAUUUAGAUCUAAAAAGUUUACAUUUUCCUAUUAGCAGUACUUACGGAAAAAAAAAAAUACCGUUUUUUAAAUUCGUUCGUUUUUAUUUAUUAUUUAUUUAUUUACUAUCAUUAUUAUUAUUUUUACUCUAAAGGUAAAUCUAUUUGGCAAAUUAUUUGAAUUAUAUUAUUAUUAAUAUUAUUAUUACUAUCACUUUACUGUAUACUUGUUAUUUUUAACUAUUUUAACAUUGACGCGAUCGGUGCGUUUUUUGUAAAUUUAAAGUCGUUUUUCCGAGAUGUUUCAGUGACGGGGCGGGUAUCUCACCGAUUUUUCGUUCCCCGUUUAAAUUUUAAUUUCGUCGUUUUCCUGCUGUGCCGCCGCCGGCUCUCUCUCUCUCUCUCUCUUUCCCUCUGGUCGCCGACGGAAUUUUUCCCGUGAGCUAUUCGCGGAGCGUUCCGGACCCGGUUAUCAAACUUUUCCGAGCGUUUUCAUCGUUUUUCGGUCCGGUAUUUUCAUCACGGAUAUGUCGGUGAAAUCUAAACCAUAAAAUUCUCUAUUCGUAUCGUGUUUAAUAUUUUAUUGUGUGACGCAAUUCUAUAGAAUUUUAAAUACCACCAUCGCCGUUUUAUAAUAUGUCAACAUGAAGUGUCGUGCGCGUUUUCAGUCGGUACUGCCGCGCGCACACAUGGUCGUCUGUACAGUAGGUACAAUUAAACUUAUAUAGAGCCGCAAACCGUUUAGAAGAUAAUAAUUUUUUUUUUUUUUUUUUGACUUUUAACGAUAUAUACGUAAUUGUUAUCUUAUAAUACGACGACUGCGGUGCAAUAACGACGAACUCAUUCGAUAAACGGUCGUAUUUUCGAGAAUUGCAGGUACGGGACGAUCUCGUAGUAGUAGUAAUAGUAGUAGUCGUCGUCGUCGUCGUUAACAUAAUUUAAGUUGUUUCGUUUUUUUUUCCGGUAAUUUUUUUUUUUUUAUCACUUUUACUUUUCCCCUCGGCGUCGUCGAGUAUAACAAAUUAUUAUUAUUCAACUACGCCAAUUAUAUACACAUUUAUGCGUGUUCGGUAUGUUUUGUUGGCUCCGGCGGCGGCGGCGGCGUCGUCGUCGUCGUCGUCGUCGUUGAUGAAUAUUUGUCGUGUGCUUGUCGUGCUGCUGCUGCUGCUGCUGCUGCUGCUGCUGCUGAUGCACCAGGUAUUCUCUCGCCUCGCAAAGCCGGUAGUCGUUUGGUCGGUCGUUUUAGUUGUUUCUUUCUCUUUUUUUUUUUUUUUUAUUGACGUGUAAAUUAUCAUUUCUCCCCCCUCCCCGCGGUUUUUAAUUAGUAUACCCAUUAGCGAAACGACUAUUUCUUCGGGUUUUCCUCCCCCCCCCCCCAAAAAAAAUAUCGUUUUUGUAGUAUUUUUUUUUUUUUGAAAAUUGGCGUUUGUCGCCCAGCGGCGGCAGUAGACACGUUCGUGUAAAUAAAUAAAUAACGAUAGUAAAAAAAAAAAAAAAAAAAUUAAUGUCAGCGCAGUUAACUGUUGUAAAUAACGCACAUAAUGUGUGUAGCAUUUUAAGCCAGUGUAGUUCGUUGACCCAAACAUAUUAUUCGUAUUAUUACGUAGAUUAUUUUCUAUUAUUAUUAUUAUUGUUGUUAUACAGCGGCGGGUAUAAUUGAACGCGGAGGGGAGGGGUUUUUUUUCACGUUGACUAAUGCAUUAACAGCCUUUGAAAAUCUCGUGUAUCAUGAUAUCAGGCCGUCGCGACGAGAAACCGCGAGACUUGACGAACGAUCGUCGCGAAACACGAUAAUUAUUGCAUUAGUGUUAAUAUACAGCUGUCGUGUGUGUGUGUAUGUAGAGUACACGGUUCCCUUAGACGUAUACGUAUACGUAUAAAUUAUAAUGAAUAAGUAUGAAUGAAAUUGUUUAUUUUUAACGGCGCGGAGGCGAUUAAAUACGAUUGUAUACGGCCAAUUAAAAAAAAAAAAAAAAAAAAAAAAAAAAAAAAAAAAACGGAUCGCGGUUUCGGUCGAAUAAUACACAUAUCGUAACUGGGAGUGUCUUAUACACGUAUAUAAUAAUAAUAAUAUACGGUACACAAAUUGAUAAUAAUAAUGCAAAAGCAGUAUACCCAUAGACCCAUAUACGUGUAUCAUGCUGCGCCAGUUAAUAAGCGGAAUAUUAUAAUAUUAAUAAAAUAAUAUUUUUUUUUUUUUUUUUUUUCAAUUUUUUUAAUGGCCGGGCGCGCAUAGGUUAAUUCCGUUAAGAAAACGAUAGCGGCCCGUAUUUAUAAUACAUUAUAGGUAACGUAAAUAAUAAUAAUUACUAGUACCCCAUUAUUGUGUUAUAAUAAUAUUUCGGUAUAGCCGCCGUUGAUGACGCUACAAAAAUCUAGUAGGCAGUGAUGUAGUGUAAUAUUGGCGUAAUCUUAUCGGCGUUAUUACAUUUGAUUAUAAUUAUUAUUAUUAUUCGUGCGAACCGUACAGUUACAUCAAUUAUUGUUACCACCACUACGGCCACUGUUAUAGUAUACCACUAUCACAACCACCACCGCCACCGCCGCCGCCACCGCCACCACCGCCACCACCGCCGCCUCCCAGCAGCAGCGGCGGCUAUGAUAACGGGCGCUGCACACAGUCCAUCGUUAAAUUAGACGAUUAGGUAACCGAACGGCCUUGAACUUUUCUCACGCAUAAAUACCGAAAUCUUCCAAUCGAAAAUAAUCCACUACACACUUACUGCGACACGCCGCCGCGCUGCUCGCUGCUGCUACUGCUGUUGCUAUUGCUAUUGCUACUGCUGCGACACGCGCACGCAUAACGUUGCAAAAUAUUUCGGACGUUCCGCAUUAUCCUACUCUCAUGUUACCUUUACCGCUUUUGCCGUGAACUUCUGGCCAAUCGAAAAUAAACGUCCCAAUUGGCACAUUCUUUUCGGCCGCCGGUUGCCAACUAGGAGUAGAAAAAAAAAAAAAUAAAAAAAUAAGAAAAAAUACAACUAGAGAGGAAUAAAUUAGAAUAGUUAAAAAAAAAAAAAAAUCCAAACGGAUAAUAAUUGUUAUAAAAGCGUUUUUAACGAUUUCGGUUCCUUCGUUUUGCAGUGGAGUGGAACACGGCGACGAGAUCUACUCUCUGUGCCAGAUACCGGUAGUCGUCAAGACCGAAGUGCCGGAUAAUUCCUCGUUACCGUUGCCGCCGUCGCCGCCCGCACUGCUCUUAGUCCAGAAAGUGUCGUCCACAGAGAAAAUCAUCAAACCCAAGUGUCUGGUGGAUACCACUACGUUCUUGUUGCCGUCCGGCGACGGAAGAGUUUACUUGCCCGAAGAGAAAACCGACAAGCCCGCUGCAAAAGCGUCUGAAGUACCGGCGACGACGACCACCAUAGCGGCCACAAGCUCCACGUUCAACGUCAUCAAGAAAAAACCCAUCGUCUGUUCGGAAAGCCCGAAAGCCACCACGGCCAAAAUAUUCGCCCCUCGAACCGAAGACAUGAACAAAGGAUUUUUGACGUUUUCCGACGACGACACGGGACUGACAAGUAAGUCCGAAAAUCUCUAGUUUGUCCGUAUAAUUUUAUUGUUUCUAUAAUUUUUCCUAACGUGUUCUCAGUGCUCAAAGACGAACCGGAAGACUUGACUCACUUGGCCCCGACGGCCGGUGACGUGUGCGUGCCGUUGGACACUUGCGGUAUUGGUCACCUGGGUUUCGUCAUGUCUGACGUACUCGACGACUUGAUCCUGACCGACUGUUCCCUGGCGCCGUUCGACUCACUGCCUGCUUCGUCCCUUCACGACACGUACUCGUCGACCCGUUCGUCGUCGCCGAUGCACCACCUCGGGGACGAUCUGUCACCGCAGACCGCCGAUCUGUGCGACCCAACCAUGUCCUCGCUGCUGGGCAUCGACCUGGACAACAGCCAAAACGACCUGGACCUAGACUUGUCUCUCAAGAAUCAAUUCAUACCCAUGUACGAAGACGACCUAUACCCGCUGUUGUCGGACGAUCUGCUAUGGGGCGACGACAGGUUGCCGUCUCCGAAACCGGCCGCGAACGGCAGCAGCUGGUAAGUGACGCCCAGGAAAGAGUUCUCCGCUCUAGCCGCAGACGAGCGUUCCGUUUCUAAAUACCUAAAAUUGUACCGUUUGGACGUUACAGGCAUUUACCGACGACGGAAACGGUGCAAGACGGCCGCGGAAAAGACGCCGAGCCCAGCUUAGCCCAGUUGCUAAAGACCGAAGCGAACUCAUCCAGACAGCAGCAUUUCGACAGCGGUGGCGGUCAUCAGAUAAACGGCGGCAGUGACUCUUGGGGAUCGAUCAGCAAGAUGUUGCACCAGCGGUACAACGCCAGUGCGGGUUCCGCGGAAGCGACGGGUGAGAGAUUCGGGGACAAUAGUUCUUCGAUUCGUUGUUGACGGUAUCGGGCGGUAUUGACUUUUUAUCGUGCAUUGUGUUUGUUCGCAGACGACGUAGACACGAGGACAAUCGGCGUCAAGCGUGUGGGGCCGACGAACGCGACUUCGGCCCCGUCGUCGUGGAAACGGUGCAAACAAGAAGAAACGGCCAAGCAAGGCGCGUCCAACAGCGUGCUCAUGAAUCUGCUGGUCAGUGGUUGCGACGUGAGUGCCGGUUACGUGUGUUUCACGUCGGCAAAACCGAAAAAAGUGGUGACGGCGGCGUCGGCGACGGUCACGUCGCCGCAGCGCGGUCAUAAUAAUCCCUCUCGUUUUUACGAGCAGCAUCGGCAGACGCAGCCGCAGCGACAGAAUGCGGUGACGGCAAAGUGAUAACAGUGACGCCCCGUUUGUCUAACCGGUGAAACGUUUAGAUAUGAAAAAUUUAGAUAAAUAUAUGUAUUGAGUACGGUGCGGUGUAUUCUCAUCGGCCGGCGGCGCCCCCAUGAUUCCUGCGACGUCGUCCCUGCAUGUUGUAUAUGUAUAGUUAUUAUGAAAUAGACACACCGUAUACAAUAUAAUAUAUUAGAAAUUACUUUCUGGCUUUUGGCGUCCACACCGUGAUAUUAUUGCAACGGUCUUUGUCAUUUUUUUAUUAAUGAUUUAGUAGAAGAAAAAAAAAAAGUAGAAAGAAAGAAGAAGAAGAAGAAGAAGAAAAAAAAGAAAUUGCAGCAGUCGAAUUUUCACAGCGGCCGUUUAUAAUAAUAUAGCGUGUGGACGGUUUUUUUCCGGGGAAUUUCAAAUAUAAGAAACACGUAAUAUAAUAACAAUAAUAUAUUACAUAUUAAACUGUAUGAGUAUAUUGUUUAUUAAUGUUUCUUAAAAAUGAAAAAAAACUAUAAAAAACCAAUUAAAUAUAUAUAUAUUAUAUAUGUAUAUAUAUAUAUUUCAAAACACUAUUAGUCGGUAUAUAAUAAUAUAUAAAAAUAAUAAUAAUAAUAAUUAAUUGUCGUUUAGUCAUUCUAUAUGUAAUAAUAUGUGUACACGACGUUAGACCGUUAGACGGCUAACGUUUUCAGAUCCUGUGAUGUUUUGUAACCAACUAUAAUAUAUUAUGCAAACAUCGUUGCGAAUUGUUUACUACUACCAUUUUAUUCAUAUAUUACUUGUAAUAUAUAAUAUUAUAUAGUUUAUAUAUAUAUAUAUAUAUAUAUAUAUAUAUACAUAUAUACAUUUUAUUUUGUUUUAAAAAUAAUUUUGUCAAAUAAUAAAGAACGAAACAUUUUGGUUUUUAUUGGUCUCUUGUUGAUCCUUUCAGUAUUAUUUUAUAGUAGUGUAUCAACAGCUCCUCCUCGACUCGAUACGAAGAUCGAUAAAACACAAAACCGUGUACAGUGUACAGUGUUUAUUUAAGGGCUCUGUGUUCCAAAACCAUAAUCAGUGUCAUCCUGUGGAACGAAUCUAAAAGUUUUUGAAGAAUUGGUCGGUGUACGUUUUCGACAGACCUUCUUUUAAACCUUUAAAAUACCCGUGUAUUUCAAUACGUUUUGUCGGUUGUUAUUAUGGAGGGCUUACAUUUUCACAGCCCUAUUGCAUUUUGCGCCCUAGUAACCUCUAUAAGAUAAACAGUGCAUACAAUAUAUUGUAUAUAGAUGUUAUCCUGUACGUUUAGAAAAUAUUAUUCAUUAAUUUCUGACUGCAGUGGUGCUAGUAUCGUAUAUAGUUAACUUUAUAAUCAUCGUUAUUGCCAAUGUCGAUGAAAUAACUCUUUAUCGUGUAUUCUUGUUGGUAAAACCUAAAGUAAUAUCGGUCUAUGUGUUUUUUAUGCUGAAAAUUUAUUGUACAAAUUAUUAAAAUUAAUGAACAUUUUUACUAUAAAAAUAUGCGUCCGGAAUGCCAAGUGGACGAUAGUUAUAUUGUUAUAGAAGAAAUUCGAAAACAGUAACAAUGAUAUCGGGCGCAUUGCAAAAUAGUUUUAAUUUAUGUUCUGAAAGGAUUUAAUUUUACUGAUGUACAAAGGUUAGGUUUAUAUAUUUAUUUAAUUGGAAUUUCAGGGAAGGGGUGAAUUCAUCCCCUAUGAUGAUUAGGUUAUUUACACAUUUUCUUAAAUUCCCGUUGAAGAGGAGAGGGGGGAGAAGUUGGGCCCCAGUCACUACGUUAAUGACGGUUUAAAAACUAUAUUAAUCAAGGAUAUAUCACAUCAUCAGUCGACCGACGAGGAGCAUGAUGCCGCCGGUUAGGUUAAUUCUAACGCUAAGCUGGAUUAUGGUGAAUCUCAAACCGAACCCGAUAUUUUACGCCGAGUAUUUAAAACUUAACCCCUUACACUAUAUUAUCACUUUGUCGUCGCGGGAACAACAGUGACACUGACUAAUGCCGUUGUUGUCGCCGUCCGUUUACCAAAUUUGUCAAUUUGUGACGCGUUUUUUUCAUCCGUUUUGUUUUCAUUUUGCAGGGCAAAUCGCCAGCGGGAAAAAAAAUGUUGGUCGACGGCGUAUCGACCAUGCCACGGCACCGAUCUCGGCUAAAGAGCUCGUGUCUCCUGGACCCCGGCAGCACUGCCAUACCGUCACUGAUGGACUUGACCGAACAAGACUAUGAUGUGAACGCCCCGGCUGGCGGAAAACUGCUACAGGGUUCGGAAUUGCUGAAGGCUUUGGAAAUCGGCGGUGGCUAAACGCAGGUUAUUGCCUUUCCGCCACGAGCAAGAGACCGAUAGAGAAAGAGCGAGCCGUAAUCAAUAACGAUAAUAUAAUAAAUUUAUAUCCCAUAAUAAUGAUAAUACAUAUAUAUUUAUAUACAUAGAUUUAAAAUUAUGCGCAUUUUUUUUUUUUUUCAUUUUCUAUCGCGUACCAUGUUAAUUAUUAUAAUAUAAUGUAUAACAAUCACGUGUAAUCGGAAAUAUGAAAUAGAGCGGCUAUCACCGAACGUUGAGUGCAGAAUCAUGAAAAAAAAAAAACAAAUGAAUAUUCUUCCGAUUUAUUAUCUCAAAACUCAUGAAAUCAAUGGAUAUUUUCGAUACUUUUCUAUUAUAUUAUUAUCCGUGUACGAGUCGUCACUCUCGAAAAAUCAUACUUAUGAUUUUUUUUUUUUUUAAUUUCGACUUCUUUUCGAAUUAUUUUGUCAAAAAUUGUACGUCGCUCUGCUUGUUAUAUGCAUUACCGGUACUAACCUUAUUAUUAUUGUUUUUCAUUUAUAUCAUCGCUUCUUACCGCUUAGAUUUUUUUUUUUUUUUUAGGUUAAAUUUUAUUUUUAAGAAAACCGAAAAAUACACUACGCAGUGUGGGAGGAACAGAUUGGUAGUUUUUAAAAAUAAUUCCCCUCCCUUCCUGUUUGCCUUUUAAAAUUAUAUGUUGUGAUAUUUUAACACAUAUAAAAAACCAAAGCUGUUUACACAAUAGUAAUAUAGGCAAGUUUGAACGAUUUUUUUCUUUACACACAUCAACCAAAUAUAUUUUUUAUAAAAUGUAAUCUUGUACCUUAGAAUUUUUUUUCUAAAUAUAUAAUUUUAUUUUGUAAAUUGUUUAAUCUCUUUUUUUCUUCUAUGAAAGAGACGAAUAAUUAUGAAGGAUUAACAAUCUGUUACAAAAUCUCAAUAACGGAAGUUUAUUAUUAUUUUUUUUUUUUUUUAAACUGUAAAAAUCAUUGUGAAGUAUAUAUUAAUGUGCCUUUUUUUUUCUUUGUUUAGUAUAUUAUAUAUUGUGUAUACGAAUCUUAAAAUUUUUCUUUAUUCAUACUUCUGGCAAACAAUAAAAAUAAUAAUAUGUUAUGUUGUACAGUGAAUUGUGGUGGUGAUGGUUUUUUGUAUAGAAGAAGUCCGAACGCUCAAAUAUUAUUUUGUAUAAUUCUUUUUAAGAUGGAAAAAUUAUAUUUAGUGUUAUUUUAUUGUAAUAUAUAAUCGGACAUUAACGUGAUAGUAUGUAAGCGUAAGUUAUUUUUCGAUACAUUUCUUUAAUUUUGUUUAAUUUUAAUUUUACUUUUUUCUUCCCUCAACAUAGUUAUUUUUAUUAGUCUUAAGCAGAUUGUGCAUUGUGUUGCUAACGUUCAUAUUAUAUUAUUAUUAUUAUAUUAUAUAAAUUUAUUUUAUUAUAUUUAGAUAUUAUAUUUUAUUUAAUACAAAACAUAACCA